AUGGAAGAAGUGUAUUGCACCACAGCAUGCCUUCUUCUGCAAAUUUGUGGAGCUGUUUCUUCCUACCGCAAAGACCUUGAGAGCGCAAGGUACAUGGCGUACUGAAAGGAAGGGUGCUUUCAAAGUAGAUCUGCUGGUUUACAAGUCAAGUAUCUUGUCUGUCUCCAUAUUUAGUUCGUUGGCGGAGCCCAGCCGUGCCCUGCAGGUAUGGAGAGAGGAGCGCAUAGCUCAGUGACUGAACACAUGCAGAACAUCUCAGGUUCAAUCCAUGAUAUAUCUCCAGUUUUAGAAAGGAGCAGGAAGGCAGUGAUUGACAGUAUAUAUUGACAAUAUAUGUUGACAAUAUAUGUUGACAAUAAUACUGAUUGACAGUAUAUGUUGACAAUAAUGAAUUACCGGUAGAUUAACCAGCUAUCUGACUUGGUAGCUUUGUUUGUGUUUUCAUGGAUUCGUGUCUGAGCUGCUGUGAUUAUUACACACACAGACAAAUCUGUGUUGGCAACUUUUUUCCUAGGUGUUAAAACUUGAAUCACACUCCUAAAGAUGGUUUUAAUAGCAAUAAGCCUUUCUCUGUGAACCCUCAGAGAAAUCCCAGCAGGCAAGAAUUGCACAGACACACGCACAAGCACACAAAAAGGUGUGGGUGUCAGGACAAACAAACAGCCAGCCCUUUAGAGUAUAAAGUAUUUCUUUCACUAAAAAUAACUAGUUGUGCCCAGAGAGAAAAAUGAAGAGAGCCAAAACAGGAAGAAACAAUUUAAAAUGUCUUCGGCGCCUGAGUUGGGAGUUUUGUGUUUGUUUACAGGCAUUUGUGUAAUUUUCCCCAUGUUCUCAUAAGAGGGGAAAAUUUGACUUGAUCUGUGACUUCAUCAGAACUUUUUAUAUUUUUAUUUUAGUAUCAUGAGCCUGUAUUGUGCAAUGAUUAAUCUGCAAAACUCAAAAUACCCUGAUUGACAGGUGCUAUGCAAGUCAGGGAAGUUCCCAAUUUAUAUUCAUGAUGAACUUUGCCUAUCUGCAAAUGGAGAAUGUGGAUUUUUAGGGGAAUUGUUCUGUGGGGCUGAGAAGAGAAAAAAGUAUGAAUGUAUAUUUGUUUUUAAAGGCAGGGAGCCAGAGGCCGAGUGAAGAAUUGCCACCUCUUGACCAACAGACUCCCCAUAAUAACAAAAUACUUCUUUUCUGCCAGUUUUAGCAGAAACUGAAGAUGUGUGUUUACUUUUCCCUUCUCAAUAAGCUUGAUAGCUAGUAAUUGUAAAUGUGACCAGACUCAGAAGCAUGGGCUUUUUCUCUGGUUGCUGGAUUCUACUUUAGACUCCUGUCUAAAAUAUAAAUAUAGUCUGGCCCCCCACAAGGUGUGAGGGACAGUGGACCGGCCCCCUGCUGAAAAAGUUUGCUGACCCCUGUCCUUAUCAGAAGAUUAACAGUUUUGAAUGAUCUUUUUUGUGGUUUGUACAGAAGGGACGUGGGUGGCGCUGUGGUCUAAACCACAGAGCCUAGGGCUUGCCGAUCAGAAGGUCAGCGGUUCGAAUCCCCACGAUGGGGUGAGCUCCCGUUGCUCGGUCCCUGCUCCUGCCUACCUAGCAGUUCGAAAGCACGUCAAAGUGCAAGUAGAUAAAUAGGUACCGCUCUGGCGGGAAGGUAAACUGUGUUUCCGUGCGCUGCUCUGGUUCGCCAGAAGCGGCUUAGUCAUGCUGGCCACAUGACCCGGAAGCUGUACGCUGGCUCCCUCGGCCAAUAAAGCGAGAUGAGCGCCGCAACUCCAGAGUCGGUCACAACUGGACCUAAUGGUCAGGGGUCCCUUUACCUUUACUGAAGGAAAUGAAAACGAUAUUGCUACCUAUUAGACUUGGGCAAUGUUUUAAUAAUAGCAGACCGAAGACAUAAUUUAUUUAGAGAGAAAAUAAAGUGUUGCUUCACCACCUUGUACAAAGUCCAACCUCAAUCCAUCACUUGGAAGUUGCUUGGUUCCAAUAGGAAAAGCUUAAAUCUCUUUCCACUGAAAUCAAUGGGAUUUAAAAAGACCUACCGGUAUAAUUUUCUCCAGAAAUGCAAUCAGGUCAUGAGGGAGUGAGGGAGUACCUUUUGCAUCACCUGUAGGAAUUUCACCAGCUACAGACCAAUUUUCUAAGUGGUUAAAGAGAGGCAAAAUCCCAGUGGCUAAGCAUUUAGUGCAGUCUGUUAAGAUUCCCCCGCCCUGGCACAUUGAAUUAAGGAUAAAUAAGCCAGAGCUAAAACAAAGUGUUGCAAUGUGACGUGUUGUCGUUGACUCUGCCAGCCAUUCACCUAUAAAGAAGGUGCUAUUUAGUCAUGCUUAUGUUAUCUGCCAUCAGGAAGUUGGAUGGUGAUGUACACUCAGUGCAUCAUCCUAGCAUUCAUGUUGAAAAGUGCAUUCUAAUGUACAUUGGCACCUGAAGGAAGUCUGCUUAUGUGCACAGAUUCCCUUUGCUGAAUCAGUAUAUAUUCCAUGCAACAUCAGGAGAUGCAAUUAUAAGUGGUUAUAAUUAGGUGCAUAGAGUUCUGCUGUACGGCGUCCUUCUGUAAAACCUUAUUUCUUUCUGUUCUGACUUGCUUGCAAAAUGACCUGCUCGGAAGACCUCUUGUUUAUUUCUGACGUGUAUGUCUUAAAGUAGUAUGGGAGUGGUUCUUUUAAAAAAAAUAUUUAAAAAAUCAAGUGAGGCGUCUCAGUUAUCUGGACCAACUGAGAGACAAAUUUAUAUGGUCCUGUAUUUUUUUUUUAAAAAAAUGCAUUUCUGAUGCAUGUAACUCAGGUAAUUUUAUAUUUGCUGUCAUUCUGAUCCCAAUUUGAAAACAGAUUAUUUUUAUAUUUGCAGACCUAUUUCUGAUAAGGUGACAAUAAAAUAAGUUAAACGAAGCAUAUUAAGAUGUGUGUUCCCUUUCUCUCAUUUUUGUUCGUUUUCCUUAAACAUUUGCGAUGGGUUUGGAAGUCUUUUUUUUAGUUAUUAUUCAACCGGUGAGUGGGAAGGGUGCUCUCUGACGCCCCUUUCCUCUGUCCAAUGCAUACAGCUUGAAUACUGCUUCAUUGAGCUGUCAUGGCCUGUGAUGGGUUUUUUCAUCAACCAGACUUCAGAAAGUUUGAAGGAGGCAUUAUUUAAGCAUCCGCUUCUGAGAGAAGCACCACCGUCUUUGCUCAACACCGGUGGCGGCAACUUUUGAUUGCCCCUGCCUUAUCAAAAGCAAGCCUGUUCUCACCCUCGAUUUUUGGACUUCUAAUAAAUUCCUUUCGUUGUCGCUCCUUAAAUUUAAUCCGUGAAUGAGGACUGUGUGCAAUGAAGAGAGAAAGCGGAAGUGAGAAGGACUUUGGUUAGAGAGCUCCACCGGGAAGAGUGGAGGGGGGGGGGCGAAAAUACAGCCUCAUAAAGGUGGGUUUAAAAGGGAAAUCGUGGGCCAAUAAAAGGUUUGUUGCCAUGUUCCCACCUGCUCCUGCUGCACAUGAAAUCCUUCCAAUUCAGUCCCUUUAUCUGAUUGUUGGAAUUCUUAAGCCACAGCCCCUGUCUCUACAACCCAUACCACACACGUCCUGUUUCCCACCCUAUAAUUCCCCCCCCCCCCGCUGGACUGUGUGCUUAAACUCUGACAAUAGCUCUGGGUUGUCUAGAUCAGGGGUCAGCAUCCUUUUUCAGCCAUGGGCUGGUCCACCAUCCCUCAGACCAUGUGGUGAGCCGGACUAUAUUUGGGGGGGGGGUAUGUGUGUGAAAUGAACGAAUUCCUAUGCCCCACAAAUAACCCAGAGAUGCAUUUUAAAUACCGUGGUACCUCGGGUUAAGAACUUAAUUCGUUCUGGAGGCCCAUUCAUAACCUGAAACUGUUCUUAACCUGAGGUACCACUUUAGCUAAUGGGGCCUCCCGCUGCCGCCGCGCAAUUUCUGUUCUCAUCCAAAGCAAAUUUCUUAACCUGAGGUAAUAUUUCUGGGUUAGCAGAGUCUGUAACCUGAAGUGUCUGUAACCUGAAGCGUCUGUAACCCGAGGUACCACUGUAAAAGCACACAUUCUACUCAUGUAAAAACACCAGGCAGGCCCCACAAAACACCUAGAGAUGCAUUUUAAAUAAAAGCACACAUUCUACUCAUGUAAAAACACGCUGAUUGUCCGCGGGCCGUAUUGAGAGGGCGAUUGGGCCGCAUCCGGCCCCCGGGCCUUAGGUUGCCUACCCCUGGUCUAGAUGGAGAAUAGACGGUGGGGGGGGGUGUCAAAAGUAAAUAGCUGCACAUUUGGUUUUUUAAAAAGUGGUUCAUUGCUAUGAGGAACAGUUGAAGGAGCUGGGUAUGUUUAGCCUGGAAAAGAGGAGGCUGAGAGGAUACGGGCUGGCCAUCUUUAAAUAUCUCAAGGGCUGUCACAUGGAAGAUGGAGCAAACUUGUUCUCUCCUGCUCCGGAGGGUAGGAUCCGAACCAAUGGCUUCAAGUUACAAGAAAGGAGAUUCGAACUAAAUAUCAGGAAGAACCUUCUGACAGUAAGAGCUGUUUGACAGCAGAGCGGUCUCCCUCAGGAGGUUGUGGAUGCUCCGUUCUUGAAGGUUCUUAGGCAGAGGUUGUAUGGCCGUCUGUCAGGGAUGCUUUACCUGACAUUCCUGCAUUGCAGGAGGUUGGACUAGAUGACCCUUGGGGUCCCUUCCAGCUUUACAAUUCUGAUUCUAACAAUUGGGUGCGUGCUCUGGAGUUCACAAUUUUCCCUUUGCGGCUGCACUUGCACUGUUCCACACCUGCCGCCCUGGAAACACCUGUAUUCUGCCUUUCGUUUUGGAAUCAGUAAUUUGGAGUGAGAUAAGACUGUUAAUUACCUACCCGGAUUUACGCAUUACGAUCUGGGUAAUGUACUUUAAAGUUUGUUUUCUGAGCAAACAUGGGGCAGUAAAGGGGCAGUAAAGUAAAUCAAACGGGGGAAAGUUUGUUCUAACCUCGAAUACUUUCCCUAGUAAAUUCGAUAGGCAGCCGAGUCAUAGCUUACGUGGCACCAGAAAAACUAAGACUGGUGCGUGCAUGAGGCAGGGUGAAGCAAUUUGCUUCAGGUGGCAGAUCCGACUCUCCUCCCCCUUGUAGCACCACUAUCUGCCCUGUUGCCCCACUGCCUUUGCCCAGAUCACUGCAGCCCACAGUGCCCCUGCCUUCACUGCUAAUACUGCACUUGUGAUGCUGUCACUGCAUUAUGGCAGUUGCAGUGAGGGAGCCGGUGUCAGCGCGGACUGAUAGCAGGGGCAGGAAAGGGGCCCGAAUCAGGGGUGGGGCAUGGCAUUUUCCCUACAGCAGCAAAACGUCACGGGGGCCCCCCUGAGAAAAAGCCAUGCCACCAGGCAGUAAAUGCAAAUUAGAAAUCCGAAGUCCUUCAUUCUCUGCUUUUAGCAGAAGAUUCUGCAUGGAAUCCAUGGAAAAAAAGCUUCCGCAGACUCCCACUGAAGCCUUUCAAUAAAAAAACGGGUUCUAAAGUGUUUUGCUCCCCCCACUUCUCCAAAUGGUGACAGGUUCAGGAGUGCCAGCUUGGCACUGUGACUGUGGGUGCCCAGGGUUGGUGCAUGGCCCUGGUGCUGAAAUCUGUGGCUGCCCAUCCCCUUCAUGGGGAAUUUUGUGGGUGCUCGGGCACCCAGGGCGUUGGCACCUAUGGACAGCUUCCAAGGGUUGGUUUUAUUUGAAAACUGAAGGCUUAUUGGUGUUUUCCAAUAUUUGCAUUUCUUUGCAAAACAGGUUGCACGUGGCUAGGAUCACAGGAUUAAAUGGGAAUAGGGAACAGGAUCUGAGCAGCUGCUUCCCUCCCUACAGGCCACCCACCAGCCAGUCUCCUGACAUUACAAUGAUGCCAGGUGACUCAACGUCAUAGAACUGAGAGCACACCCUAAGGACGUUCUCGUUGUUCCUUUGCAGCCGUGGCUUGAACUCAAGCCAGGCUGUGCCUCCAAAUUCAAGCCACCUCUGCAAAGAAAGAAUUCCAUUGUCAGCUGCAUCAACUACGCCCCAGUAGCAACCUCUACUUUCUCUCACCCAAGUCAAGAGAGUGACUAUGUGUCCUACUUGAAGUACCUGUUUGAAAGGCACUUAGAGGAGUCUUCUAUUUGAAGUGAUGCCUGGACCAAGUUGAGUUUAAGGAAUUCCAAGGAGGGGGAGUCAAGGGUCCUGGUGUUUUCCAUCUGCAGAGUGUAUAGCAGACCAUGACAGAUUAGUGUCAGGAGUGCGUGCAGGAGCCAGGCCCUGUGACCAGUUGGGCUUCGCAGGACUGGAGCCUUCCUAAGUUUGUUCUGGAGAGGCAAGGCGUGGCCGCACAGGUGAGGCCGCUUGGUAGCUCACUGCACGUGGUGGCAAGAGCCAGGAAGGGAUAUAAGGUCAGCAUUUCCUUUCAGCUCUUUGCCACAGCAACACGUUUUCUGCCUUGCUGCGUUUGGCUUCUUGCUUCCUGACCCUCGGACCUCAGCUUCUUGACUCCUUGCUUCUUGACCCUCGGACCUGUGAUUCCCUGCUUCCUGACUCUUGUUCCUGCUCCCACCCCACCAUCUUGCCCCUGGUCCCGACGUCCUCAGCCGGGACUUUGAUCGCCCGUAGACUGGACCGUGACAAUUAGGCUCUGCCUGAGAAUUUCCCUGUAAGACACUCCUGUACAACGCAACCCCUAGACUUUGGCGUUAACCCAUGUGUAAUAGGUUUCCUGAUGCGAGCUGUUCCCUUCAAAUAAGGAUUUUCCUUAGCUAAGAAUUAAACAAUUAUUUUUUUAAAAAAAAAUGGAUGUCUGAAACCAUGCUGACUGGAUUACCUUUCUUUGCUGGCAAAAUAUUAAUAUUAUAGAAUAAGAUUAGGAUUACAAGAUUAUGUGGCAUCAUGAUAUAGGUAUUAUUUUUGAAAAAUAGCAUGGGUUCUAGAAAUGAUUAUGGAUUAUCAGAUUUCUAGCACACAAGCAGUUUUUUUGAGGCAAGAAAACUCUGAAUGCAACACCAGCAACUUGCCCUUGUAUCUUUUUCUUACACUGCAAUAUAUUAUAUUUCUAAUUUCUGUCUCGGAUUGAAAUAAUUGCACUAGUGCCCCAUGCCCCCCCACUCCAUUGACUCUUGUGGGGUUGGCAAACACACACACACCUGCCAGAACAGUGGAGGGGUGGAAGAGAGUUGAGUUUUCUGUGUAAUGUUUGUCCUUUCUGCAAAUAUAUUUCAAAAUGCGCCUUUUAGCACUGCAUAAUUGGUCACUCUAGAAGUCAACAGGAGAAAGCAAAUAUCUUAUAUCUCAUGCUAAUGAGUAUAGGGUAUAGAGCAGUAUAAUAAUAAUAAUAAUAAUAAUAACAACGGACACUUCAUAAAUAGAUGGUUAAGCUUUUCUAGUGCAUCAUUCAGCUGAAUAACCAAUAUUCCACUGGAAGUGUUUUGUAAAGAAUGCUAUAGAAAAUUAAACCCACAGGCUAACUGCAUUCGUGCUGAUUUACCUGUAUCGAUUCCUCUAGCUGUGUUCUUCAAAGUAUCUCUUGCUAAGAGAGUUGUCCCAACUGCCAAGAGAUAUCAAAUUUCCAUCUGAUUAAGUGUUUGAUGCCAACAAUUUGAAUGUGUUUAUAAUUAUCUUUCAAAUACACCCUGUGAGCUGCAGCUGUAGAAUCACCAGUCCCCUUCCUUGGCUGCAAGAAAUGCAUCCAUUCUAACAAUCAUGGGUAGACUUCAGGCUUCCGGGAUCAACUUGGUUCUUGUAUAUAAAGCUGAUAUCCACUGACCACAACCAGUGAGGUGCAGAAAGUGGUUAUGGGAUGGGCACCAUGUUGAUGAACCAAGGGGUUGAUUGGGUAUAAGGCAGCAUCCUACAUUUUGUGCAUAAGGGCCCAGUCUUAAUCCUCAGCAUUGCCAGCUGAAACGAUCUCAGACAAAAAGGGCCCAGGAAGACUACCUUGUAAAUAUGUGGGGCAGGGAAGAAGGAAGGAUGGGGGGGGGGGGGAGAGAGACACAUUUUCCCCUCUUUGGGAUUUUUUAUUGAGGGCAGCAGUGAGAUUCAAUUCCGGGUCUUUGUGGUUCAUCAUAGCUCACACUCUGAACCCCUACAUUUGACUGGGGUUCUUUCCUCUUUAAAAUCCGCAUCCUGAAGUACCUUACUAGACCUAACGGUGAUGUUUCAGCUAAAAGGAAGCUUUUCAAACACUGAGGAUCCUUAAAAGUUUAUGGUGGGCUGCUGGAUUCUCUGUGACAAAAAUCAGUUGUGACUUUUUUGACAGCUACGUAGGUGAGGCACAGGGCAACAGGCAACUCCAAUAGACAGGAUGAAGCUAAACCAGAUUUCCCUUCUCUGCCUCCAGCUGGCCCUGACCCAACUUCUCCAGAGCCUCCUUUACCUGAACCUCUUCCCUCUUCUGAUAACUGUCAUGUCUCCCUCAGCCACCAUGUUCUUUCGUGACAUCACAGGCAGUCCACAGCCAAUAGCAUCAGCACAACCUCCCGUGGCCUGACGAUUUUGGAGGCACCUCCACAGGGGUUUGCUUAUUUCUUAUUUAUUUCUCACCCAGCACACCUUUCCUGUGUAACGAUACCAAGUCAGGUGUGUGAUAGCCCAUUAUGUGACUUUGAAUAAAAAGAUAGAAUAGCUACUGCAGGUGGAUGUGUUUAGAAAGGCGUUUCUUCAAAUGAAAUAUAAGCUGCCUUGCUUAAGCCCUGCAGUUCUCUUCACUGCUUUCAUGGGUGGCCUUGAGGACACCUCACUGGCUUCAGACAUCCAUGGAACCACAAAUGGGACAGCUACCAUAUGGCAGCAUCAUCCAGGCAUUUCCACCGACUUCUGCCUGGUGACUUUAUAUGCUAACUUUCAGCCUUCCAGCUUCCACAGGUUCCAUCUAAUCAUGAACAUUUCCACAAAUCCCACCCCAUUUGCUCACAUACAUGUACCAUUUCGCCCUGACCUGUUUUUGAGACCUCCCCUUCCUGCACACAAGCGUACGCCAGCCAGCAGCCACGAUGAACACUGGCAGAUACAAUCGGUCAUAAUUUACUCCCCAUUCGUUUAUGUCUGCGUCCUGCUUCAGUCCACAAAUAUCCACCGGCUUCUGUUGACUGGCUUCCGAAGGUGAGUUUCAACCAGCUGACAUCAACAAACACCAGCCUUGAAACAUCUGCCGGCUUCCAAAUGCAAGCUCCACCAGCUUUCACCCGCCAGCCCCUGCCAGUUUCCAUUAAGUCCAUCACUAUAGACUUCAGCCAGCUUCGGACCAUGGAUAUCGGUAGACUUCAAGCCGCAAUCCCACUCAGCAAACUUGCCCCUAUAAAUAAAGCAGAGAUGAAAUCGGUACAAGUCAAUUCCAUGUCCGAGAAAGCUUGCUGCAAUAAAAGCACAUUUUUAGCAGGUGUCUUUAAAAAUGUAGGCAGGCACUCUCUGUGGCAAGUCCUAAAUUGUGGAAUUCCCUUCCCACAGAGAUGUGUCUGUUACCUUCAUUACAUAGUUUCUGGCAUAUGCUGAAGAUCUACCUCUUUAUCCGGCAGGGUAUAAAUAAUAAAAUUAUUAUUAUUUGACACCUCAGAUAUUUUAGGACCCACCCUAUUCUACCAACUGUAAUUAGUUUUAAUAUUGUAUUUUAAAAUUGCUCUAUUCUUCCUCUUUCGUCGUCUUUCUUUUAAUUUCUAGGAUCUCUACAUCAAACUUUCUCUUUCCAGCUUUGUUUUUUUUUGGUGGGAAUUAAGACUCUAGUUCCCAUUUGCAGAGCUUUGAGGAAGAGAGCCCUGGGUUGCGGGACCCUUUAAUUAGUUCCCUCCUAUAAAAACUCUGUGUUUAAAGUUUAAAGAACAAAUUACUUUUACUUAGUGUACUGUACUUGCAGUUGCAGAUUAAAUAUACAAUGCAGGUGGGUGUUUUCUUAAAUUGUUAAUACAUCGUACACAGAUGUAAGUGGGAAUGAACAGAUGUAAGUGGCUUCCAUUAACCUUUUCUCCCUGACCCAGCUAUUGUUUGCAUGCUCCAGUUUGUCAGAGUUUUCUGCUUCUAGAACGGUGCAUGCAUACUGGUUUUCCCAGUAGUGAUGAUGAAAGUGAGAGCUGGACCAUAAAGAAGGCUGAUCGCCGAAGAAUUGAUGCUUUUGAAUUAUGGUGCUGGAGGAGACUCUUGAGAGUCCCAUGGACUGCAAGAAGAUCAAACCGAUCCAUUCUGAAGGAAAUCAUCCCUGAGUGCUCACUGGGAGGACAGAUCCUGAAGCUGAGGCUCCAAUACUUUGGCCACCUCGUGAGAAGAGAAGACUCCCUGGAAAAGACGCUGAUGUUGGGAAAGAUGGAGGGCACAAGGAGAAAGGGACGACAGAGGACGAGAUGGUUGGACAGUGUUCUCGAAGCUACCAGCAUGAGUUUGACCAAACUGCGGGAGGCAGUGGAAGACAGGAGUGCCUGGCGUGCUCUGGUCCAUGGGGUCACAAAGAGUCGGACACGACUAAAUGACUAAACAACAACAACAAUCAGGCUGAGCAUUGUGCCCUCUGACUGCUGGAGCGAUGUGCCACGUAUUCUUCACCUUGGGAAGAUUAUUCUCCACGUGUCGCUUUCAGAGGGAUGUUCUUGGGUGCCAGCCAAUAUUCCAGAAUCAGGCCUGACGGCAUUUCAGAUCAUUUGUUCCUCUGUAAUCCUCACAAAUCACACCCACGCGAUCUGUUGUGCCCAUCUGCUACCUGCUGGAGUGAUCAAGAAUAGUCAGAUAAAUCCACUACAUUAUAACAGAUGCGAUAGGAAAAUACAAAUGCAGCAAAAGAGUGGAUGCUUUGUGUUUCAGCUGAAUGUGGAAAGUGAACCUCAACUGCACAGUGCCACUGUUUUAAUGAAUCACGUAUCAUCUGUCUAUCUGCCUAUAUGGGGUGAUAUCUAAACCGCAAGCUGCAAACCAUAGGAGACAGUGCAGUUACAGCUUGUGGUUAGCCCAAGGGUCGGCCCAAGACAUUCUGGCACCCGAGGCGAACCACAAAAUGUACACACCCACCCACCAGGGAAGAAGUGGGUGAGUGAAGAUUUGCACUGAAAACAAGGGAGCUCAGCAUUGUGCAUCAAUAAAAUGACCCGAGAGGAGGAAUCAACUAGCUCUCAGCCUGCUUCAACUGGCCUCUGCAAAGGAUCAGUGCCGGAUUUACGUAUAAGCUAAACAAGCUAUAGCUUGGGGCCCCACUCUCUUGGGGGCCCCCCAAAAAAUGAAAGGGAAAAGAAAAUGGAUGUAUAUUUCCAAAAUAUAGGUUCAACAAUUACUUUGAUAAAAAAACAUAUUUUGUUAUGUGCAAAUGGCUUUAGAUACCUAUUAGGUACAUAAAUUACUAUAUAGCACAGGGGUCAGCAACCUUUUUUCAGCCGUGGGCCAGUCCACUGUCCCUCAGACCAUGUGGUGAGCCAACUUUUUUUUGGGGGGGGGGGAAUGAACAUAUUCCUAUGCCCCACAAAUAGCCCAGAGAUGCAUUUUAAAUAAAAGCACACAUUCUACUUUCUUCAGAUGGUUUUAUUUAGGUUUUAUUGAUUUAGUAUGCUGUAAACCGCUUUGAGAUUUUUCUUAAAAAUAUAAAGCGGUACAGAAAUAAAAUAAAAAUAAAAUAAAUACUCAUGCAAAAACACCAGGCAGGCCCCACAAAUAACCCAGAUGCAUUUUAAAUAAAAGGACACAUUCUACUCAUGUAAAAACAUGCUGAUUCCUGGACCGUCCACGGGCCGGAUUGAAGUGAUUGGGCUGCAUCUGGUCCCCAGGCCUUAGGUUGCCUACCUCUGAUAUAGCAUAUGUUCAACACAAAAAACAGUGGCGAUUUGUUGUUGGCACAGGACAGCUGGACAUAUAAAGGGCCCCAUUACCUUCAGUAGGUUGGGGCCUUAUCAAACCUAAAUCCUGCCCUGCAAAGGAUCUGAAUGAAUUGUUAUCACAACUGUUCCUGUUUAUUUUAUUGAUGCGUUUUCCAGUGGCUGCUUAAAAACACUCUUGCUUAGGCAAGCCUAACCAGACGCAUGCAAUACGGACAUGUGUUUUAAGUUUAUCGUGGGUUUUAAUUAUUUUUUUGAAUUUUCCAAAUACUUGGUUUUAAUUGUCGUCCCCCCCCCCCGGAUUAUUUUAUCUUUUUUUUAUUUUUGCAAAAUGCUUCAAGGGCUUUUAAAGUGCUUUAAAAAAAAAAAUCAAGUCUUAUACACAUUUUAUUGGGGGGGGGGGGAAGCCUGCACACACAAAACCCAGAUUUUAUUUUUGUUUUAUUCAUCUAACUUCUAUACCACUUUAUAUUUUUAAGAAAAAUCUCAAAGUGGUUUACAGCAUACUAAAUCAAUAAAAUCUAGAUAAAACCAUCCGAAGAAAGUCAAAUACCUUGGGUUACAGACCUUAGCUGUCAACUUUCCCCUUUUCUUGAGAGGAAUCCUAUUUGGAAUAAGGGAAUUUCCCUUUAAAAAAGGCAAACGUUGACAGCUAUGUUACAGACGCUUCAGGUUGCGUGUUUUCAGGCUGCACACUGCGCCAAACCCGGAAGUACCGGAAUGGGUUACUUCCAGGUUUCAGCGCUUGCGCAUGCACAGAGGUGCUAAAUUGCGCUUUGCGCAUAAGCGCCUAAUCAUGACCUGCGUGUGCGCAGAUGCGGCGCUGCAGGUUGCGAACGUGCCUCCCGCACGGAUCACGUCCACAACCAGAGCGUCCACUGUAUAAACAGUCAAAGCAAUGUAAUUAAAACUAAAAUAUUAUCAUAAAGAUUUCAAAAUAAAACAUCACAAAGGAGGUUAACUACGGAAUACAUAAAGUUAACAAAAAAAUCAAAAGAAAACAUUGCUAAGUGAAGUCAAAUAUAAAGUGCACAUUUAAAACAGCAUAAUUAACAAGAGAAUAAAAGAUUAUCAUAAGCGUGACACGGUUUAUGAACUGGAUGAACAGACGCAGAUGAACUGGAGCAGAGCAAAAACUUAUUUGCAAACCGUCGGGGAUUUGCGCGCGUUACUCCCAGCGACGGCCUCGGGCAGAGGAGGAAAAACACAACGGGAUUUUUGCGCGCGCUUGUGCUCAUUGCAAAUUACCUUUUUAUCACCCGAGGAAACCAUCGGAUUGCAAAAUAAAAUAAAAUAAAAUAAAAUAAAAUAAAAUAAAAUAAAAUCUCCUGCCCCACCACCCCUGCAUAUCCUACCCACAAUUUCCAGCCACGGAAAAUUAAAUUAUUCGGAAUAUACGGUGCACGCUCGCUUCCUUCCCCUCCCCGCACCGCCCCCUGCCGGCAGAAACGACGAACUGCAACGGCGGGCGAGGAAGAGGAGCGGCGCGCCGAGGGCGUCAACGGCGGCGCGUGCGCCAGGACGCCGGCAGCAGAGCCUCUCUGGCAGCGGUUGAGGGCUCGGCGUUGGCGGCCGCGAGGCUUCGCGCCGAGGCACGUGCGCAGGGAGGGGAGCGGGGGUUGCGGGGCGAAGCAGCUCCGCUUUCAGUGCGAGGCGGGAAGGGAGGCGAGAGGAGGCUCUGAGCUCCCGCUGCCAAGUGUCAUCCCCCCCAGGGGUCAGUACUGGUUUAAGCAAAUAAGAAGAAUAAGAAUAUACCCUCACGUAUUUUAUAUUAGGGUGGUGGUUGUUUUUUUGAAAAAAAAAAAGCCGUUCAUUUAAGGAGCUGGCAAAGGGGCGAUUUGAACCCGCGUCUCCUAAGCCGUUGCGUCGCCUUCCCCCCCCCAACCCUAAUGCAGACUCCCGCCGGCUCCAAGGCUCGGUUUCCCCAAAUCUUGGCUUUUUUUCCUCCCCCCCCCCCGCCAUAAUCUUUGUUUUCAAGCAGCUAAAUAAUGGGGUUUUUUAAAAAAACCACCACAAUAUCCAGACAUUUUAAUCUGUGCAAUCCCUCAGUCUACUUUGUAAUUUUUAUUUUUAUUUUUGUCUUUUAGUUUUGUUGCUGAUGUUGCAUUUAGUGUUUUUUAGCUACUUUCGUUAUCUAUAAUGCUGUAUUUUACACCGUCCUGGAUGAAGGGCGGUAUAAGAACGUAGUAAAUUUUAAGGAAGGGCUAUAACCUCUUUUUAAACCACAGAGCCUAGGACUUGCCGAUCAGAAGGUCGGCGGUUCGAAUCCCCGAAACGGGGUGAGCUCCCGUUGCUCGGUCCCUGCUCCUGCCAACCUAGCAGUUCGAAAGCACGUCAAAGUGCAAGUAGAUAAAUAGGUACCGCUCCGGCGGGAAGGUAAAUGGUGUUUCCAUGUGCUGCUCUGGUUCGCCAGAAGUGGCUUAGUCAUGCUGGCCACAUGACCCGGAAGCUGUAUGCCGGCUCCCUCGGCCAAUAAAGCGAGAUGAGCGCCGCAACCCCAGAGUCGGCCACGACUGGACCGAAUGGUCAGGGGUCCCUUUACCUUUUAUAACCUCUUUACAUGCCCAACCAUUGGGGUGGAUGGGGAGAGGGAGAUCACAUUUCUGUCUCCCCAACAUCCAUUCCCUGUCCAAUCCAUGGCUGCAAUUUCAUAAAGAUACUGCUCCAGGUAUUACUGCCUUUUUCUCCUGCCUUUACUGACUCCAAGCGGAUCCCGACGUUACCCUUGGUUCUUACCAAUCAUCCAGACCAAUUUUAAACUUUGCAACAACCCCUUUCAGUUUGGAAUGAGAGACUGACUGGCCUAAGGUCAUCAAAUGAGCUGGAUGAAACACUGACAAUUUGACCGCUACUAUACUUUGUAUAUUUUAUCUAUUUUUAAAUUGUAUAAUAUAGUAUACUUCUCUGGCUCUUUUAGGACAUCCUUCUCUAGUGUAAAAUCUGCCCACAAAUGGGGACGAGUGUGCUCCAGGGUGGAUUUGAUUUAAAUCAAAUCUAUUUAAAUCACUAGUCAGUAAAUCAGUUUUUUUACCGAAAGACAUUCCUGCUGGUAUAAUCUUAAUAUUUACAACCAGAUGAAGGUUUCACUAUUGGAAAAAUAAAUUUUCAGAGUAGUUUUUACCAUUAUAUCAAACAUUACUGAUUUGGUUAUAGUAUUAGAAAUACAUAGACAGAUAAUUAUGAAAUUAUUGUGAGGUUUAAUAAGUUAACUCUAUAUCUGGACAACUUUUCUGCUGUGCUUUAUUGGAAGGAGAAAAAUAAUCAUUUCCUUAAUAACAAUUUAAACAAUUUAUUUAACAAAAACAGUAACGUAGCAUAUGUAUGGAGAGACCUGUGGCUCGGGCGCGCUGCGGGCCCCUCAGUGGUGACACCCGGGGCGGCCUGCCCCUACCGCAGCCCCCUUCCUCUGCCCCUGUGUCUUUUAUUUCUAAUCCAUCAUUGCUCAUGCCUAUUCCUCCAUCAUUUCUCUUCACUGCCCUUGUACACUUGCAUUACACAUAUUCCAGCUGUCUAGAAACCUUCUGCUACAUUUCUCCUUUCCCAAUGUUUUGGUUUGUUUGUUUUUUAAAAAAAAACCUAUUGAAUUUUUUUUCAUUGUGCAAAUAAAGUGAACAAAAUGGGGGGGAAACCCAAAGAAAAAGUGCUUGAAACUGUAGUACAAUUCAGUAUAGGUAAAGGUAAAGGGACCCCUGACCAUUCGGUCCAGUCGUGGCCGACUCUGGGGUUGCGGCGCUCAUCUCGCUUUAUUGGCCGAGGGAGUUGGCGUACAGCUUCCGGGUCAUGUGGCCAGCAUGACUAAGCCGCUUCUGGCGAACCAGAGCAGCGCACGGAAAUGCCAUUUACCUUCCCGCCAUAGCAGUACCUAUUUAUCUACUUGCACUUUGACGUGCUUUUGAAUUGCUAGGUUGGCAGGAGCAGGGACCGAGCAACGGGAGCUUACCCUGUCGCGGGGAUUCGAACUGCCAACCUUCUGAUCAGCAAGUCCUAGGCUCUGUGGUUUAACCCACAGCGCCACCCGCAUCCCUACAAAUAAGGGUAUGAAUAAUGCUACUUUUCCAACAAGUGUACAAUAAUUAACAAGUCAUAAUUGUUAUAAAUGCAUUACAAAUAUAAUAUUUAUCCAUGCACAAUCUGUGUCUAGAAGCAAUCUGCUCAUAUGAUGCAUGGUGGUACAGUGGACUGGGAACCCAGGAGUGAUUAUGCCAUCUCCUGGAGCCCCAGGGGUACUGACACAUCUCCCUUGCUCUGGCAAGUGAAUGAGGUGAUAACAAGGCUUUUAUGUUUGUGAUAUGUUCGCAUAAAUCAAGGAGAGCAAAUACGAAUUCAUUCAUUAUUACUGUCAUGAAAACACAGUGAAUUGCAGUCCCACUGAUUUUAAGACAGGAUAUUUAUACUGUAUUUGUGCAGCUGUUCUUUGCUGUUUUUUACACACAUACAACAAAAAUAGCAAUAAUAAUAAUAAUAAUAAUAAUGGAGAAAGCCCUGCUGCCUGCUUUUUUUGUAUUCAUCUAGGGGAGCUGUUUUGAUGAGCUCCAGCUUUUAAAAAUUUACAAGGACACUACUGCUCCCAGCAAAUCCCAUGCUGACGCCUCCUCCACAUUUUCUUAAAAUUACUUAGAAUUGCCAAAUGAGAAUUUGCAACAAUAGGAAAAUGCCACUCCAAAACAGCAAGCACAGGUUAAAUUAUUUGAAUUUGUCUGAAUCCACAGUAGGGAGGAGGUCAGUGUUUCAAAUAAGGAACAUCUGCAAACUCUCAGAACCGUGGUUUAAGGGCUGCUGUACACACCACAAAAUUCCUGUGCAGAAAUAGGGAAGUUUUUCAGCAUUGAUGUUUUUAGAUAUGUUGUGAGCCUCAGAGUGGCUGGGGAAACCCAGCCAGAUGGGCAGGGUAUUAAUAAAUUAUUAUUAUUAUUAUUAUUAUUAUUAUUAUUACUACUACUACUACAAAUACCAACAACUAAAUUAAGAUGCUGAAACAAAGAAGCUUUGUGGGGAGAAACUAGGAGUGGAUUUUUGUGGUCUUAGGAGGGGGUUCUAAAAUCAUGCCAUUACCAAAAGCCAGUGAGAAUAAGUGGUUAGAGUGUCAGACUAGAACCUAUGAGACCAGGAUUAAAAUCCCCAUAGCCGUGAAACUCGCCUUGGGCCAGUUGUUGCCUCUCAGUGGAACCUACCUCACAGGAUUGUUGUGAGGGUUAAACAAGGAAAGGGAGAACCAUGUACAGUGGUACCUUGGUUUUCGAACGUCUCAAAAGGUGAAGGUUUCAGCUUUCGAACACUAAAAACCCCGAAGUAACUGCUUCAGUUUUCAAACGCCUUUUGGAAGCCAAACGUGCCACGCGGCUUGUGUAUUGAGUUUUCAGGACAUAAAUGCUUCCGGAAAUGCAUGCUUCGGUUUUUUAAUGUUUCGGAAGUCGGUCUUCUGGAAAGGAUUAUGUUUGAAAACCAAGGUACCACUGUACUUUACCUUGAUCUCUUUGGAAAAAAAUAUGGGAUAUAAAUGCAAUAAAUAAAGAAAUAGCCCUGUCCCAUAUAACCACCCACUCACAGCACCUCUGAGAGUUGGGGAAUAUGGGCGAAACCUCUUAAAAUGACUUCAGCACACGGGUAGUUUCAUACAGGGGAAGUCAAUUAGAAUCAUAGAACUGUAGAGUUGGAAGGAAUCCCGGGGGCCAUCUAGUCCAAUUCCCGGCAAUGCAGAAAUCUCAACUAGAUCAUACAUGACAGGUAGCCAUCCAACCUCUGCAUAAAGACCUUCAGUAAAGGAAAGUACACCACUUUCUGAGGGAGUCCGUUUCACUGCCAAAUAGCUCUUACUGUCAGAAGGUUCUUCCUGAUGUUUAGUUAGAUUCUCCUGUCUUGUAACUUGAAUCCAUUGGUUUGGGUCCUAGCCUCCAGAGCAGGAGAAAACAAGCUUGCUCCAUCCUCAAUGUGACAGCCCUUGAGAUAUUUUAAGAUGGCUAUUCUAUCUCCUCUCAGUCUACUUUUUACCAUGCUAAGCAUACCAGAUUCCCUCAACCAUUCCUCAUAAGGCUUGGUUUCCAGACCGUUUAUCAUCUUGGUCACUCUCCUCCCAGACAUGUUCCAGCUGUUGUAGGAUUCACAGUCCCCUCUUUCUUGUGCAUUCUACAGUAGUACCUAUAUUGCUCAAACUUGACCUGGUUGGAUAGCAUUCAUUUCAAAUGUCUGGAUUUCUCUGUAUCAUUUUCUUUAUUUCAGCAGCUUAAAUCUGCAGUGAUGACUGGGCGGGCUCGAGUAAAAGCCAGAGGGCAAAUCCUUUCUGAAGAAGAACCUACGUUUGGACAACCUGGCUCCCUGCAACCGGUAUGUAGGUGGAUUCUGUGACUGAUUUGUUGUUUUUAUGGGGAGGGGGAGAGUGUUCACUCAAGUCUCAGAAAUGUCCCUACUUAAGCAGGGUGUGGAGGCUCACCACAUGCAGCAGAUUUUGGGGUCCUAGUCAAUGCAAGCAAAUUUGCCAGUUAUUUCACCUGAAGGUCGGCAACGUUAUCCCCACCGUUUGGGAAUCCCUUGCAGACAACCACAGUGCCUGGAGACAGAGUCAGGUUGUGCAUCCAUAGCAGUGUCCAGAGAAGGAAUGAUGGCUGGGAGGAGUAAUAAUAAUAAUAAUAAUAAUAAUUUUUAUUUAUACCCCGCCCUCCCCAGCCAAGGCUGGGCUCAGGGCGGCUAGCAAGCAAUAAUAAAAACAAGUUGAAUGAAUACAACUUAAAAACAAGAUUAAAAUACAACAAUUAAAAUAUUGAAGCAUUAAAAUAUUAAAAUGCAGCCUCAUCACAGGAGGAGAAAGGAAAAAGAAAAAAGAAAGAGGGGGAGGGAAUCAAAUUGGCUCCAAGCCAAAGGCCAGGCAGAACAACUCUGUCUUACAGGCCCUGCGGAAAGAAAUCAGAUCCUGCAGGGCCCUGGUCUCAUGAGACAGAGCGUUCCACCAGGCCAGAGCCAGUGUUGAAAAGGCCCUGGCUCUGGUUGAGGCUAAUCUAACUUACUUAGGGCCCGGGACCACUAGGGUGUUGCUAUUUAUGGACCUUGAGGCUCUCUGUGGGGCAUACCAGGAGAGGCGGUCCCGCAGGUACGAGGGUCCUAGGCCAUGAAGGGCUUUAAAGGUCAAAACCAGCACCUUAAAUCUGACCCUGUACUCCACUGGGAGCCAGUGCAGCUGGAAAAGCACUGGGUGCUCCCAUGGCAGGGACCCUGUGAAGAGCCUCGCUGCUGCAUUCUGCACCCGCUGGAGUUUCUGGGACAGCUUCAAGGGCAGCCCCGCGUAGAGCGAAUUACAGUAGUCAAGUCUGGAGGUGACCGUCACAUGGAUCACUGUGGCCAGGUCGGGGAGGGAAAGGUAAGGGACCAACUGCAGAGAGAAGAAAGGUCAUAGUGCAUCUGCAGCAGCACAACCGGAUGCCUUCAUCUGCCCCAGCUGCAACAAAACUUGUCUCUCCUCUGUCAGUCUCUGCAGCCAUAGCAUGUGCUGCAACCACUGCCCCAAAGGCACACUCCUCCAUUGUCUCCUGAGACAGAUGGAUGCCAACAACCGUAUAACUUUCUGUUUUAGGCACCAAAAUGUCUUGGACCAUCUCCACAAGUUCUGAUCUUUUGAGGGAAAGUGGUGGGCUAUUGCUCCCAAACCUUAGUCAUUAUUGUUCGUCAUCUUGUAACCAAUGGUUAUUGCUAAAUAGGGAAACCAAUGUUAGGCUUCCAAAACAAGCAAACAAUAUACAAAUUAAAACACAGAACUCGCUAUAAAGAUUACAAGGUGAAACAAACAAAUGAAUCAGGUGAUGGGCCUGGGCUAUACCAUUAGGUACACCCCAGAAUACCUAACCACAUAUUGUGCAGUAUAUUUAUUUCUAAUCUUCCAAUUGUUGCUUCUGUCAUCAAGUUCCGUCAACUCAAGAGGAAGCCUUAAGGCUUCGGUAAUCUGUUCAAUUCUCUCAGCCUCCCAUCUGCAAUAUGCAGAAAGUGACCCAGACCUGCCUUAACAGGUCUGUUGUAGGUCUGUUCCAGCCCACUUCUCAGGAUAUAGAGCCUCAUAACAUGAAUUGUAUUAUACUAUAUAUUUAAAGGGGUCUGUUCUUUACUUGUUGGUUGCAUUAAACCCGGGGUAGGGAAUCUGCCUCUCUAGAUGCUGGGCUACAGCUCCCAUCAUGCCUGACCAUGGACCAUGCUGGCUGGGGCUGAUGGGAGUUGGGGUACAGCAAUAUCUGGCGGGCCACAAGUGGUCCCCAUUGAAGCAUUCAAUUGUUUUGAUGAACAAACAUCUCUACACUUCUAUUCUACCACGUGUCAAUAGGGAAUGGUUUGUUUUUCUUUAAAAUAAAUUACUUUUGUGCAUAGUAUUUUAAAAUGAUAUUUACUACCUUUGUGCCACUGUCUCUUCUGCCAUUUCUACUUCACAGAGUUGCUCCGGGAGUGGGGAUUCUUUUGCUUUGCAGAAAGAAAAUUAUAAUACAAGUUCUGGGAACAGCCCCCCUAAAUGUAAGUGUUUGGCUUAAAUCACUAUUUAAUAAGUGACUAUUGUUAACUCAUCUUUCUCUCCAGAGCAUGAUAAGGUGUUCAAAAUGCUGGUAAUUAUUUGAGGGUUUUUAAAUUAAAUUUGUAUACCACCCUCCAUCUGUACAUCACAGGGUAGUUCACAACAUAAAACUUUUGCUUUUAAAACUUUACAUGGCAUAUCUGAGACAGCACCCUCUUCCACACAGACCACUUCACCCUUCAGGUCAUCUGAAGAGGCUUUGCUCUAAGAUCAAUCCUUUUCCAAAGGAAAAUAUUGUUGCACACACUACAAUUUUGAAGCAGAGAUUUAGGGGUGUAGGUACAUAUUCAAGAUUUGGUUUUCUUGGAAUGAAGUUUACUGGAGAUAGUGGUGCCUUCAUGAUAAACCGCCCAGAGUGGCUGGGGAAGCCCAGCCAGAUGGGCGGGGUAUAAAUAAAUUAUUAUUAUUAUUAUUAUUAUUAUUAUUAUGUAGUUUUAUUCACAUAUAGAUGUAGAGGCUGAACGUAAGAGGGAAGGGGGCUCUACAUAGACACUCUAACAUACCUUACUCCCCCAUUAGCUUUUUAGGGGGAUUCCCAGAGCUGUAACUUCAGUUUCAGAACAGAGAGCAAGUCAAGCCUUGCUCUGCCUUCCCAGCUCCCACCAUACAAUCCCUAACCUAUUGUUCUCUUUUACCCAGGAUGGCCUCACCUCCAACCAGGUAGGGGUGGAAAGACCUCACUUCUUCUGGAAAGAAGUACUUUUAUGGUAACGCACCAGGGUUUGGCCAACUCUUUAGUCAUGCAAAGACAUACUUAACAGACUUGGCCAGUGCCAUUAAUUUGACACAGAGGUUCAUGAAGCCAUUUUUCCCUAUUACAAAAUACACCUCACAGUUAUAAAACCACAGGGGACCCAAAUAUGACAUUAGACUCCCACCCCCAAUCCAAUAACAAUAUAGGUAAAGGUACCCCUGACCAUUAGGUCCAGUCGCGGACGACUCUGGGGUUUCGGCGUUCAUCUCGCUUUAUUGGCCGAGGGAGCUGGAGCUUCUGGGUCAUGCGGCCAACAUGACUAAGCCGCUUCUGGAGAACUAGAGCAGCGCACGGAAACGCCAUUUACCUUCCCGCUGGAGCGGUACCUAUUUAUCUACUUGCACUUUGUGCGUUCCAACUGCUAGGUUGGCAGGAGCAGGGACUGAGCAACGGGAGCUCACCCCGUCACGGGGAUUCGAACCGCUGACCUUCUGAUUGGCAAGCCCUAGGCUCUGUGGUUUAACCCACAGCGCCACCCACGUCCCUAAUAACAAUAUAUUAGCGUGCAUAACAGAACCCCUGUAUUGUGAUAUGCUGUUGCUGGAAAAGCUCACCAUGCUUCUUCAUUUUUUACAUUUUGUUGAUAGUUAAAUGAUGUUUACGGUGAAUUUUUCUCAUUCUCUUUGAUUUUAUGUUUGCUUUGUCUUCUAGAUGGCUUCUCUGUCGGAAGUUCUGGGUAUAAAGUGAUGGACAGAGGGGGAAGGAUCCGUUGCAACUUUCAAGACAUGGGAGUAAAUACCAGGGAGACAAUAAAACAUGUGAAAGAUUCUAAAACAGGUAUAGUAAUCUUUGUCUGGAAAGGGAUUUACAUCUGGAAGUAGCCAUCCUACUACAGCAACAUGGCCUUUGCCCUGAGCUUUACUAGCACUGUAGCAGCCAAGCUGCAGCAAUAUUCCAAUUGCCGUGUUAUGGGAGAGAGUAGGGUUGCCUGUGCAUAGCCUUGCCAUUGGGAAGUGUGUGUGUGUUUUAAGAAAAUGUUGGAGUUGUGUGCUCAGUUAUAGAAAGAGAGAAGGCACAAAGCCACCAAAUAACCAAUCUUGCUCGCUCGCUCUUUCUCUUUUUCUCUCUUGUGAAGUCUCAUGGUCCAGCCACAGGCUCUUCCUGUCUGCUUUACACUGAAAAAUAUGAAUUGCUCUUUCCAAGCAAACUUGGUUGCACCCACACUGAAGCCACUUCAUUUGUAGGGCAUGACAAAGGCUGCUUGACUCUGCACACAUCUUCCCCAAGGGAUGCCGCUGCAGCCACCACCGCCACCAGAAAAGUGUUGGGUGCUGGCAGGCCCCUUGGGGUGGGGGGACUUUAACCACAUCAGUUAUGUGGACCACUGGUUGCCUAUCCAUGCGCUAGACCAAUUUAUAAAACAGCCUGAACAGAGACUUUGUACCUUGGCAAAAUGAUUGCUAAAAUUCAGCUGAGUAAACUGAGAUUAGGAAUGUACAAAAAACCCAUUUGUAGUAAAAAUAGCAAUCUUGUGGCACCGUAAAUACAAAAGAUGGCCCCUCUCAAAGUGGUGUGUAAACAAGGAGACAGAAGGAAAUCUGCUUGAUAAGUCCAUUUUCAGAGGAUUUCUGUGAUCCCUAGUUCAGGUGUGUCUACUUUUUAUAUUGUGUUAUAGUAUCAAGAUUUGGGUUGUUAAUUAAUUUGGCACAUUCAUGCCUGGGGAGACGGAAGAAAGUGGAAAGGGCAUUGUCAGGGAACUGACAUCAGAGCGGGAGGUGAAGGGGAGGCUCCUGGAUGAUGCUGGAGAAGGACCCAGCAGCAGGGGGAGAGGCGACUCAGUGGAGGGGGAAGCAUUUAAGCGCAACACCAGGAACAAAAGUGAGCAGAUGGGAAAAUCGGAGAGAGGGCUCACGGACUCUUCACUGGAACUCAGUGAGGAGGGGACAGGUCCUCCGCUACCCACGCCCACCCUGCGCAGAAGGCUCCCGUGCAGUGAGAGGCGGAGAAGAUUGGGUGUCAAACAACUCUUAUGUUGGAAGAGAUUCAAGAAACACCCACUGACGGAUUCUGCUAGUGACUGAGACAGUCAUGAUCAGAAAGGGCUGUGCAGUCAGAAAGGUUUAACAAGGCAAAUUAGCCUAGAGAGGCACCAGUUUACGCACGAGUAACUCAUACUCAUUACAGGCAUCACAACACUGAAGAGAACCAGAGCCAAUCUCAUACAGUCUUCACAACUGAGUGCAUGUCAAAUACAUAGCAUGGGCAUUGUAUACACUCUUUGUCCCAGUUUGCAUAUAGCACUAAGCCACACCAUGGCUAAGCGUAAACAUGCAGACACAGUAAAAAUCAUGUCCAUUUCACUCCCCCUACCAGCUCUGCUGCUGCUGCACUACCCACAGUAAUCCAUGGUGUGUCAUUUGUCUCGCUCCAGACAAGCCAUAAGCUGUAGCCAAGAUUUGUUGUUUGUUCAGGGGAGAGAAACCAAGGUUUGCUUGUGACGCAAAGAGAAACCAUGGCUUCUCUGAGUAGGAUGACAGCAGCAGGACUGGAGGGUGGGGCGGAACAAAGUUGCUAUAAUUUUUACUGUGUGUACCUGCAUGCUUAUGUAUUGACUUGGUCAUGUAUUAGUGUUAUGUGCGAACCAGGCCUAUAGUCUUAAGUUAAAUUUAUCUAUAAAGGCAGUCACAUAUUUAGCUCCUGUUGUGUGGCUCUGUAUGCUAAACACUGCACAUUGUUAUGGCAGCUGCAAGUAUAUCUCCAUUAGUACAGUAGGAGUGAUUUGUAGUUUAGGUCUUUCCUUGCCUGGAGAAAAGUUUUACCCAAUCAAGGCUAGCAGCACAUUGAAAAGAAUCAAGAAUACAUAUUUGUUCAUGCAAAGUGAAUUUUAAUAAAGUUUGUCUAUUUCAGGCUCAAGUGGAAUUCCUGUGAAACUUGUUACCAACCUGUUUAGUUUAGGCUUGCCAAGGGAAUGGCAGCUUUACCAGUAUCAUGUAGAAUUUAUGCCAGAGCUGGUGUCGAGACGUUUGCGGACUGCACUGUUGUAUAGCCAUCCUGAAUUCCAAGGGAAAACCAAAGUAUUUGAUGGUGCAUCUCUGUUUCUAACAGAGAAACUGGAGAAUAAGGUAAGAUCGUGUUCAUCAUUAAAAUAUGCAGGAGCCAACAUUCUGGUAUGUUUUGUUUGGGAAAGGGUUGCUUAAGAGGCGAUAUGUUAGCCUUCAAAUAUAGUAAGAAUUGUCUUGAUGAUGGUGGAACAAAUUCGUUUUGUGUUGCUCCAGAGGAUAGGCCCUAAAACAGUAGAUUCAAAUCACAAGAACUUCCUAAUGGUAUGGGCUUCUCUGACAAUGGAACAGAGACUGCCUUAGAAGGUGGUGGACUCCCAUUGCUUACAGAUUUUUAAGCAAUGGUUGGAUGUCCAGCUAUUAGGGAGGCUGUACUGCACUAACAAGGGUGUCAUGGACUAGCUGAAUGCCAAGACUUGGUGAGAGGCACCAGCUGGUGAACCCCCUGGAAACUUUAUUAGCCCCCCCCCAACCAUGAAUGGCUUGCAAAAACAAUAAAACUCUGGGAAAGUAUUUCGUUAGUAAAAUUAACUGCCUGUCCCGAGAUUCAUUUAUUUCAAGUAAUGAAAUUCAAUAAUUUUAUUUCCCUGAUUGGUGCAAUUACCCGAUGACAAAACAUAAGAAGUGCCCUGUUACAUCAGGCCAAAGGCCCAUUUAGUCCAGCAUCGUGUUUUCACAUUGGCCAGCCAGAUGCCGCAACAGUUCAUGAGCAGUCUCCCUACUUGCAUCUCUGAUACUGGAGGUAGCAUAGCCUUCAUGCCUAGAAGCCAUUGCUAGCCAUAUCCUCUCCGAAUAAGGCACCUACAUUUAUACCAGGCCUUGACAAUCUGUAGACUUCCUGUUGUUCACUGGUUGUAGAAGCUGCCUGGUGUGUGAUAUCUGCUUUGCUUUCUAUUGUGAAGAGAACUCAGAGGCUUUCGUAUGCACAUUUCAAAGAAAAGCAAGCUAGGCAUGAGACUUCAGCCAUUAGUUUCCUAACUCAUCCCAGGGUCUACAAUAUUCUCAGUACAAUCCUUUUGCAGUACAGUGGUACCUCGGGUUAAGAACUUAAUUCGUUCCGGAGGUCCGUUCUUAACCUGAACUGUUCUUCAGCUGAAGCACUACUUUAGCUAAUGGGGCCUCCCGCUGCCGCUGCACCGCCACUGCAUGAUUUCUGUUCUCAUCCUGAAGCAAAGUUAUUAACCCGAGGUACUAUUUCUGGGUUAGCGGAGUCUGUAACCUGAAGCGACUGUAACCUGAAGCGUCUGUAACCCGAGGUACCACUGUAUUUAGAAAUGAGAAGAUGUAGUCUGAAGAGAAACCGCAUAACUCAUAUAUUCACUGACCCCUGGUUAGGUUACAGAACUGUCUUGUGUAACCCGGAGAGAUGAAACUGUGAAGAUGACUAUUACACUAACCCACCAGCUGCUUCCCAGCAAUCCUGUGUGCAUUCAGUUUUUAAACAUCGUCUUUAAAAAGUAAGCCUUUUGAUAAUUUAUUGUCAAAGAUCAAUUGGUCAUAAAAAGAUGCUCAUAAUAUUUAUAUACUGCUAAAACAAUAAAACAGCAAGCUAUUAAAAUAAAACCUUAAACAUCACUGGCAGUUUAUCAUGUUUCUCUUUCCAGACUUCUUUGGGUGCAGUUUUAUUAUUGAAAAAAGUAAAUGAAGCCACUUUUACUGUCAACAUUUUUAACUGCAACUAAAUAUUUAAUUUUCUAGCAAGAGGUCCAUAUAUUCAGUGCAUCCAAUGGCCUAGUUCACAAGUCACAGAAAGCCACAGCUUAUGGUUAACCGUGAACGCAGGGCUCACUCCUGCUUUUCUUCUCUUUUAGCAUGGGUAGAAACAGCAAAUCAUGAUCCCCAGCUUAGUAUUAUACCUGGAGCAGAGAUCAUGGUUUGGUUGUUUCUCACUCAAACAAACCGCAAUUAGUAAACCAAAAACAAACCAUUACUUCAUCUUGUGGCUUGUUUUGGAGCUAAACAAACAACAAUUCUCUGUUCAGAAAUAUUGCUAGACAUCAUGGAUUGCACCUCACAAGGGGAAGAGAAGUGAGAGCCAUUUGUGUGUCCAUAGUAAGCUGUUGACUGUGGUUUACCACAUGGAUCAGGAAACCUUUUCAGCUUGAGGGCCACAUUUCCCUCUGGGCAACCUUUUGGGGGCCAAAUGCCAGUGGUGAAUGGAGCCGGAGGCAAACAAAAGUAGGGGGAUCAUGAAUAUGAACAGUAGAUAAUGGCCAAGGACAUCUACUGCCUUAUCUCUACAGAUACAGAUACCUUAAGGUAUACAGUGGUACCUCGGUUCUCAAACAAAAUCCCUUCCGGAAGCCCAUUUGGCUUCCGAAACAUUUGAAAACUGAGGUGUGGCUUCCCAUUGGUUGCAAGAGCUUCUUGCACUCAACGGAAGCCGUGUCUCACGUUCAGGUUCCAAAAAAACGUUUGAAAACGGAAGCAUUUACUUCUAGGUUUUCAGCGUUCGAGAACCGAAACGUAUGACAACGGAAGCAUUCGGGAACUGAUUUUCCCCUGUAUUUCUAAACCUACCCACUAGUUAUUGUGGGCGUCCGAUGUAACUUCCAACGUGGGAUAUUCUGAAUGCUCGUAAAAAUUCUCAUUUCCAUUGCCAGUUGUUUUGAAACCAGCAGACCCCUUUCAGAUUAGCCCAUCCAAAAUCCCCAAGACACCAGUCAUGUUCAGACAUUUUCCACCAAUUUCUGCUAGCUGUGCUCUUCAUGGUGCUGAUGCCUCAAAAUCACCAUUCAGGAUUUAUUAGAUGAAAAUUGCUCUUUUUAUAUAAGCAUGUUAAAAAGUACUAUAUAACUCUAUUUGAUUGUUCUAACCAUAGUUUAUACACCCGAAUAGUUUCUGCCAAGGUAGAUUUUAGUUCACAUGUUUAGUUAGAUUUGAGAAGUUUGCCCUGUGUAAAAUUAACAAAUUAGGAAAAUGAUGCUUCUGCUGCAUGCCACAUUUAAACAUAUGUUACUAUUUAGGGUUUUGAAAAAGUUGUCUAUGCACCAGAUUGGACGAAACUUCUACAGUCCUUCAGAUCCAGUGGAAAUUCCCCAGCACAAGUGAGUUGGUUGCCCCCAUCUUGUAAUUACAUAAUUGAAUCUCUUAUUGGUAGAUUGAUUGUAUGGCAAUAUGUUUUAUGUGCAGCCCAAUCCUAUCCAUAUUUACUCCAGAUAAGUAAGUCUCAUUGGAUUCAGUUGGAUUUGCUCCUGCGUAAGAAUUGCAGCCGUAAUCUUUUUGCAGCAAAUGUAAGCUUCAGCUGUUAAACUAUGUCCAAAUAUAGAACUCUGCUUUUAUAUACCACCAUGAUUAAAAUGUAAUUCUAGUUUCAUUCCUGCAUAUACAUGCCAUGCCUUUGAACCAGAGGGUGUGCACAGUCUGGAUUUAUUAGAUCAACCCAGAUAUGUCUUUGCCAUCCUUUUCUUUCAGAUUGACGCUUUGGCCAGGAUUUGCUGUGACUAUUGGACAGUUUGAGGAGAAAGUGAUGCUAUGUGCAGAUGUGAGCCACAAAGUCCUUCGCAAUGAGAAUGUCUUGGAAUUUAUGAUGAACCUCUAUGGAAGUGUGGACAACUCACGUUUCGCAGAAACAUGUGAAAAGGAACUGGUGGGGCUUAUUGUCCUUACAAGGUAAUGUUUGUUAUUUGGAAGUUGCUUCUUCUUUUGGAAAUUUUAAGUGGGUGCCUACAUUUGAAUUGGCAAAAUGAGCAAAGAUUCAGUUGAUAUACACUCAGAACUUUAAGAGCUCCCUGUAAGAAUCCUAUUUCCUGUAAGUUAACAGAUUGUUGGGUUCUAGUCAGAUAGGGUGGAUUUCCCGAACCUGUGGCCCUCUGGAUGUUGCUGGGUGAUAUUUGGAUUAUGUUGUCACCAUUGGCUACAUUGGCUAGGGCUGGUAGAAAGUUUUGUUCAAAACAUCAUGAGGGCACCUGGAUGGGGAAGGAACAGACAAAUCCUCAUGCAUAAUCAUUGCUUCCCUUCUGUGAAAAAAAAAAUUGCAACUUGUCCCCAGGCCCACUGAAGGGCAACUGCAAUAUUGCAUGAAUUCACGGAUUCCCAUAUUACACCAUGUAUAUGAGUAGGUCAAGCUUUUCUUUUAGUGCAAGUCAUCUCUGGUGUGCCUGCCAUUGGUGCUGAAUCUUAGUGAAGCAGUGAAUUCUGCUGGAUCAUUUUGGGUCUAUGACAGAGCAGAAUAAUAUUUUGAAAUGCACUUUAUAAUAUUUAUAAUAUUUUGAAAUGCAUUAUAAUGUGCACUUAAUCAUUUCAGAUACAACAACAAGACCUAUAGAAUCGAUGAUAUUGAGUGGACUGUGAAGCCAACAGAUGUAUUUCAGAAAAGUGACGGCACUCAGAUCUCUUAUGUAGAUUACUACAAACAGGUAAAUAAGAAGCAGGCUGAUGCAGCAGGGCUAAACUCUUUUCAUUGAUACAAAAUGGCUGUAAGUGAAGGGUGGAAUUUCACUGGUGAAAUAUAGGAAAGAGUUGAGGCAAAAUGGAUAUGGGAUAAUGUCAUUAGGAAUGCAAAAUACUCAAAUUCAGUUGGACAUCCCAUUUUGCCUUGUGCUGUGUAUGUCUUGCCAAUAAGUACCAUGGGCACAGAAUAAGAACAAUUUGCCUACCUCUUAUUUUAAAUUUCCCUGAACAGCAGUAUGAUGCAGUCCUGACUGACCUAAAUCAACCCAUGCUCGUAAGCCAGCUGAAGAGUAAGAGCAGGAGCACUGUUGGACCUCGUGUGGCCCACCUUAUCCCUGAACUCUGCUACUUGACAGGUAAACAGCAGGUGAUCUGGCCAUUAGAGCAACUUUGUGAACUUAGAGAAAACAGUCUGAACUUGUCUUCAUUCAGUCCUCCAGUAUUCAGGGCUUACAGAUCUGGCUUCUAGUCACAUUGACUUUGGAGAAAUUGGAUGUUUUCAAUUGUGGCAAGUUGAAUCUGGAAUACCCAUUGCAUGAGGAUGGACUGUAAUGACAGAGUACAUUCUUUGCAUGCAGAAAGCUCCAAGUUUAAUUCCUGGCACCUGCAGCUAAAGCAGAGAAGGCCCAUCAGUUGUUUUUGAUCUACAGCUUCCAUCAUCCCUGACCAUUGGCCAUGCUGACUGGGGCUGGUGAGAAUUGGAGUCCUCUGGAAGGCCACAUCUUCCUUACUCCUGGCAUAAAUGUUAAAAAGCAUGAAGAAGAUAAAGCAUGGUGGAGUGUUGUGAGAGUAGGCUGGGAUGUUGAGAAGUAGCAUUGUUUGCAGUAUUAACAAAACACAUAAUUUAUCUGUGUAGCCUUCUCCACUUCUUUGGCAGUCCUUUAUUUGACACACACAAGUGUAGGCACCAACAGUCAACAUUUGACAGUGUAUAUUCUAAGUACAGAGUGAGGUGGCUUUUUUUGUUGUUGCUUACUUUAGUUUUGCAUUUGAGAAGCAUUAAAACAUGCACUUCCUCUUUCCCACUGCACUCUGAAGUGAUACCAUGUGUUGACUCUGAAUGCACAGAAAUGCUCAUAGAUGUUCUAUCUACAUCUACAUCAUUGCAAGGCAGUGCAAAUAUUAGUACAUCAUGAUUGAAGGCUUGCUGGAUGAAGUGAGAUAUGAGAUACUUUUGCACUUCUUUACCUGCCUUUCAGUCAUGCCACCUGCCUUGCUUUUAGUUACCAACCUUUCCCCCCAUGGGCCCAAGAUUGAUUUCCUGAUGCAAAUUGUUUGUUAGGCUUGAGCAACCGUGCGACUUCUGACUUCCGUUUGAUGAAAGAUUUAGCCCAAGAAACUCACUUGGCCCCAGACCGCAGGCACCAACGACUGUCUAGACUAGCCGACAACAUUCAAAGGUAAUUCUACUAGAUCUGAUGGACUGUAUAAGUUUCGUCCAAUUUGGUGCAUAGAUAACUUUUUCAAAACCUUAAACAGGUUUCGACAAGAUCUGUUUCAUGACUCUUGCUGCAUCUGCCAUGCUUAGACUUGGACACUGCUUCAAGUAUAGCUGCCCAAAGUGUGAUACAGGCAGUGUAAUAUUUGUGUGUGUGAUCUCUGUGUGAUGUGAUCUACAGGAAAAUUGACGGACUGUUUACGGACUGGAUCUGGUUUGUGUUGAAGCUGGAAGCUGUUCCAUAUUUUUCACUCUUAAGGACAAAAAAUAAUGCUUUCAAGUUAUAGAAAAUGGACAUAUUCUACACUUUAAUAUUUAUUACAUUUCUCUUUUUGGAUUUUGUAUGCAACUUGUGUGUGUUUUUAUGUAUUUAUUAGUUAUGCUAGGCCUGAGCAUAUAUGUUCCAUAGUUCUUCAGCCCUUACUGUUAAAUGGCACCUUUGACCACUUAUAAGGCAUAAGGCAGAAUAUACAUAUAUACCCCACAGUUUGCAUAGGCAUGCAUAUAUAGAGAGGAUUGCAGCCUUAGGUGUUUGUGGUGUUUAUUCUGUGCCUACAACCCCUAGAUGGAGUUAAAGUACCAUAGCUGGUUAUUACAAAGACUAAGAGUAUUUCCCCCUUUAAACAUCCUGAAACAUUCAUGGAUGGUUUCUACAAAUAAGUCAUUGACACUGUACACUCUUCUGUGUGGAAAAGACUUACUACAAAAAACCAAAAACCUGUGUUUUUAGAAUUAUUCUGUAUCAACUAAUUUAUGCUUUUUCUUUCAUUCAUUGCUUUCACCUUCAACUGAUAUUGUUAGCUGUGUUAUGACAAUACUGGCUUGGUUAAGCUCCAAUAAGUUCAUUCAGCUGUAUGUUUUGAUGAAGAGAAUGUGGUGCUGGUGGGAGACAAUGAACUUGGUCUUGGGGUGUUACUGCUGUGAAUCCCUUCAUCAUAGGCUCAGGUUGCAUAUAUGUAAAUAAACUGUAUACCCUAAAGUCACCACAGUAUAUGUUGUACUUUGUUCCAAAGAAACACGAACCCUAGGUUAGUGCCCGGAACCCCUGAAAUCUUGAACUGCUUGGAAAUUGGGGUGGCACGCAACAAUGUAAAUUUCUGCUUUGCCUUUAUUUACACUGUAAAAACUAUAUACAAGCAUACAUAACAUUGGGGAUGCACAUUUUAUUGCAGAAACAAAGAUGCGCGUUUAGAAUUGGAGAGCUGGGGGCUGAAGCUUGGGUGUCAGGCUUCCUUGACUGGCCGUGUGGUCACCUCAGAAAAAAUCCUCAUGCAGAAUGAAGUCGUAAGUAUUCUAGAGACUCUGUUCCAUUUUAUGUCCUGGACUUGAAUGUUAGAGAGACUCAAACAUGAUUCCAAACGUUGCCUUUGGCUAUUAGAAUAGUUCCUGUGCACAGCGGCAUUUGUCUAUGUGUGUGAGUCCUUGGAGGGAUAUUCUGAACUUCUGUACUAUUUAAGGUCAUUUGAAGUUCCUGUUAGUUGACAGUUUAUACAUAAGCUUUCUCCCUCAAAUUACUGGGGUCACUUGCAUCUCUUUUUCUUCUUGCAGUGCAUGCCAAUGAAUGCCAAUGACUGGUUCAGAGAUAUGCGUAAUAUGAAGAUGAUAGGAGUGGCACAUCUGCAGAGCUGGAUACUGUUGUGCAGCAGCAGAAACUCGGAGCUUGCACAUAGUCUCAUGAACUGUUUGAGACGAGUGGGAGGUCCCAUGGGAUUCCACAUUGAAUAUCCAAAAGUGUGAGAGAGAUUCAGAUAACAAACCUUGUUUUCUUCUUUACCUCACUCCUUUUCAUACAUUGUGGGUUUGGGGUUUUUAAAUGGGUGCGUGUAUAAGAAAUUUUUAAGUGUGCAUAUCUAAAAAUGCAAAGUGUGUAAAUGUGACAGUGAUGCAUUUACAAACUCAUGGGGGAACGAGCGUUGACUUUUUGUUCACUAUCUAAGGCAGAGAUUUUCAACCUUUUUGAGUCCACGGCUCCCUUGACCAACUACAUUCUUUCUGCAGCACCCCUGUGGAACUGAAGAGCCAGUUAUGUCACCCCUUGCCUGCAGAGCUGGCAGCCCCUCACCCUUUUUCGAACACCCUCCCUUGUGGAGUGUUCUCCUCUCCCCUCUCCUUGCCACUCUGAGGUCCAUUCCUUGGUCCCUGGGCUGCCCCACCCCAAAGACAGGUGUCUCCUCAUACUGCCCCACAAGGGCCUGGGAAGAGGAUGUCCCCAACGGGCCCAACGGAGACUGGCCAAAGUUGAAUGUGAGGCCAGCACCUUACCUUGGGAGGCAGCAAUGGCAGCAGGCCUGCAUGGAGGAAAGGCUAGCCAUCAGCACUGGGCCCUCAGCUCCCAGGUAGGCCUUGCAAGCAGCAAGCACAAGAAAAGCCAGCACAGUGACUGCCUGCCAGGCCUCCCACUUGUCUGUCCAUUCCCAACAGCAACGGCUGGUGGACUGGCUAGCUGGACUCCCUCGCCUGCUUGCUUGCUUACUCCAAGGCCGCCUCAACUCCUGGCAACCAGCACCCCAGCCAGCCCCAGAGGCACCAUUUGCCUGGGGAGCUUGUAGCCAGGGUUGCUGCAACAAACAGCUUUUGGGAGGCAGAAUUAUGAGAGGGCAUCAGAAGAGGGAAGGAAGGAAAGGGGACAGAGGCCAUUGUUGCCUGUGGCACCCCUGACCAUCAUUCAAGGCACCCCAGGGUCCCAUGGCACACUGGCUGAAAAAUCACUGAUCUUAGGAACUCUUGGAGUCAGGCCCCCAAGUUUGCUGCUGCAUAAGGUAUGUGCAACAAACAGCAGUGUGCUUCUCUUUUGUCCUGUGUAUAUCAAGCACACUAAGGAUGGAUAGCGGGCAACCUUUGAGUAUGUGGUGGCAGUUUGAAAUUGCCAUGUAUGGUGGUUCCUUACUAUUUUUUUUAUUUCAUCAAAUGUAGACACUGUUUAAUUGGUUUCUUUUUUUAACAAACACCUCAAAGCAGUGUACAAAAAAGAUAAAACAACAAAAACAAGUAGCAGUUCAGUCAUGUGCUACUGCCAGCACAUGCAGGAUUGAGCUUAUCGCACCGGGUAGCACAGAACCACAUUAUUUGUGGUAUAUGGAAAGCUUCAUUCUCUGCAAGGCUGGCUGGAUACCAGCUAGUAGUCAGCAUGAGUAUAGAACUUGGUGGGAGACAUUGAAAACCACUGGCUUUUGUAUAACCUUCCUCCUUGCUAAUUUUUUAUGUUCUUCAAUAUUUGUGCGCUAAUUUAAUCAACCUUGAUUGCCCAUAUCUCAGAUAUCUCUAACUCUGGCCAUGGUUUGAUGGUCCAUGUUAAAUAGUGGAAUUUCAGGCAAAUGAGGACUUUCAAGUCAUAAAAACGAAAUCCCCACUGCACUACUUUUCUGCCUGUGCAUAUUACAUCAAUGCAGGCCAUGAGUAGUAGCUGAUUCACGCAAUUUAUAACUGGUGAAGUCAACCCAAGUUGAUUUUCCAGUAGAAAUUCACACACAGAUGGGUUUUGCAAAUAUUAACUUUUUGAAGCAUUCCACAUUUACAUACCCACUUCAUGUUGACUUUGCUAUAGAGAAAAAUCCAAGGAUUGUAUAGUUUUCAUUUGAUGUGAUGGUUUAUCUUUAAUCAGCAUAUCCUACAUUCCUUUGUUGGUAGGGACUCAUAUGUUCUUUGGUCCAGAUAAAACCUGCUGUCCGUGAACAGAUUUUGCAUGGUUUGCUCUGAAACUUUAAAGACAGGCAUUCACACAGGGCUUGUAUUGAUCUUUGCAACUCCAUAAGUUAAUAUGCUUUGUCUCUCCCAGCCUCUCCUUUUUAUUGAGUGGCUCCAGUCCUAGAAUAUGUCAGAAUCCUGGCAGGGUAAUCUAGCCAACACGAGCUGGCAACAGUACCAAAGCUCCACCAGCUGCGAGGGGUCGGUCUGUAAUUAUGCUCUGGCAAUAUCUCUAUAGUUGGGCUUUCUCCUGCUCUUGGCAGGCUUCAUUGGGGGCAAGAGGGUUGGCACAGAAAUCCCUUGCAUUGGCUUCAUGUCUGAUUUUCUUACUGAAGUGGGAAAGUAAUGACUGACCAUGAAUGAAGUGGUUUUAGACUGAAAUAUGCAUGCUUAUAAAAGUAUAAUUGAAAGCAUGGUGUCUCUGAAAUAAGUUCCACUGAAUUCAGCGAGGCUUCCUCUUGUAAUUGUGUUGGGGGCAAUAGUCUUAAGGAGGAUUCCUCCCUUACCAUAUUUUGUUUGCAAACAUCACAGAGUAGUGGAGAAAAGUAUUUGCUGAAUCAACCCUAUACUGGACGUCAGAAAAGGGGUAGGGAUGGAACGGGGUGUUUUCAGGCUUUUUCAUUGGGUAUUCCAGUUAUACACGAUUUCAUGUAAGUAUGCAUAAAUGGGGAGUUGCCUGUAUUACUGUCCUGGGGGGGUGUAUGUGUAUGUAUCACAACUUCAUGAUGUUUUACUUGGGCCCAUAUAUAAAACGUAAUUCUAUUUUCAUGGAUCAUCCUUCCUCUUCCCACCACUGUAAUUUUGUGCAUUAGUAAUCUCUCCUGAACUGCUGAUGAAUUCUGUCCUGGGUUUGAUAUCAUUUUCCCAAGAAGCCGGUGGAAUGCUGUGUUCUGAGAGAUGUCCUUUAGACUGCCAAUUACAGUGUUAGCAUUUCUAAUAUUCCCCAUUGCUUUCUGAUCUUUGUCUGCAGCAUACCAGUGCAGGAGAACCCCUCAGCAUUUAUUCGAGCUCUGCAACAGUAUGUGAAUCCUGAGUUACAGCUGGUGCGUAUGCAUAUUUGAGUUGCUUUUCAAAUGUGUUUGAAGAGAGGCGUGUAUGUUGCCUGCUGAUGUUCAAGGUGGCUGGAAGGAAGCUAUUGGAAAUUGGUCCUUCUAGAGAAGGCAGCGCAAUAGGCUGCUUUGUAUGAUGAUGAUUUUUGUAUGGUACAAUUUCUUUUCCUGUUAACCUUGACUGCAUAUAUGUGAUACAUUACUUCUCCCAGAUAAUCUUGAAAUCCGUAAUUUAUCCCUCACAGAGCUACAAUUCCCAACACCCUUAACAAACUACAGCUCUCAGGAUCCGGGGGUGGAGGAAGUCUUGUGCUUUAACUUUAUGGUGUGUAUGCAGACUUUGUCAGCAUUUGUCCUGGUAUCCUGGUAUUGAUCCUCCUCACCCUCUGCCCCAGUUCUUAACCACAACUUUGCAAAUUAUACCAAAGUUAUCAAGGACAAUAGUUUGCAAUCCACUGCAUUUGUAAUCCACAAAAUUGCAGUGGGGAAAUCUAAUUUUCAGGAUUCUUGCCACUCCAUACUGCAUCAAAUUUAAAGGGUUACUAUUAGUGCAACUUUACUAUUAUUAUUUAGCUCUUAACUAUGCCUUCAGGUUCAGUAAACUGGGGGAGUGGGGUGUUUAGUUUGUAAUUUUUCUAUUUUCAAAAUGUAACUCAAAAGUUUUUUGAUUUUUUUGCAGGUAUAAAAUUCAAUUAAACAAUUAGAAAUUUUGGGUGGCUCUUGCAGCUAACCACUCUGCUUUUGGCAGCUUUUCCUGAUUUGGAAACUCAUUUUCAAUUAAUCUUACAUUUGUACUACAUGUUACAUGUAAGAAAAUCCUGACAACCUACUUCUGGUGGCUUAAAGGCAUCCUUGGGGUGGUGCAAUUGGCAGCUGGAAAGCAGGGAGUCACGCCUUUCUUUCAUUCACCAACCUUUUCUGCUUCGAUUGCCACUUUCUCUCCUCCUUCAGGAGCGUUCCAGCUGUGUAAUGCUGAAUCAAGGAUUGAGCAAGCCUGGCUUGUGAGCAAACCUCAGGGACUGAAACUGCUUGUCUGUUGUGCCACUUUUAGGUGCUGUGUGUGUUGCCUUCCAACAAGAAGGACUGUUACGAUGCUGUGAAGAAGUUCUUAAGUCUUGAGCGGCCCAUCCCUAGCCAGUGUGUGCUUGCUCGCACCCUGAGCAAGCAAGGGAUGAUGAUGAGCGUAGCCACAAAAAUUGCAAUGCAGAUCACCUGUAAGCUUGGAGGGUCACCAUGGGCAGUUGAGAUACCAGUAAGUAGUUUUGUUUACAUCCACCCCCACACUGCCACUUCCAAACAAAGCAGGCCUUUAUCAUGCUGAUGUACUACCUCCUCCAGAAUCAAAGGUUGUAUGCCGCUGAGUACCAGUUGUGUGGGGAUCACAAGUGAGGAAAAUGUUGUUGCACUCAAGUCCUGCUUGCAGUCCUUCCGUGCUGGCAUCUGGUUGGCCACUAUGAGAACAGGAUACAGGAGUAAAUGGGCCUUUGAUCUGAUCCAGCAUGUUGGUUCUAAUGUAUGCAGCCUCUUAUUCUAUCUGCUGUUUACUCAACAGCUGAAGUCCGUCAUGGUGGUCGGCAUUGAUAUCAACAAAGAUGCUUUGACCAAAGGAAGCUCAGUUAUUGGAUUUGUGACCAGCUCUAAUUUACAACUGACUAGGUAAGAUUCUUGUUUCACUAGCUCGACACUUCUCAGGAGAUUGUCACUGCAGUGGAAGCUCAGUAACUAUGUAAUGUGAAGGUGCAGUUCCCAUGUCCUUGUCAGCUGUUCUGUUGAUGCACUGUGUGGGCAUGAAUGCUGAUCUUUCGGAUAUUUCAGUAUUUCCCAUGGGAAAUGGGAACAAAGCAUGGGCAUAAACAAGAUGAGCUUGAGCUCUUGGUACAGCAAACUAAAUAUGACAUAAUAGGCAUCACUGAAACCUGGUGGGAUAAGUCCCACGAUUGGAAUGUAAUAAUGGGGGGAUACAAUCUAUUUCAGAGAAACAGACCAGACAAAAAAGGAGGAGGAGUGGCGUUAUAUGUCAGGGAUAUGUAUACCUGUGAAGAGAUCCAAGAUUUAGAACCUCAAAGCCAAAGUGAGAGCAUUUGGGUCAAAAUUAAGGGAGAGAAGAAUAACAGUGACCUCAUUGUGGGAGUUUACUAUAGAUCCCCAAGCCAAACGAAGGACAUAGAUGAUGCCUUCCUGGAACAGAUGGCCAAGCAUGCAAAAGGAAGGGAGAUAGUAGUAAUGGGGGACUUCAAUUACCCGGAUAUUUGUUGGAUGUCAAACUCAGCCAAGAGCAUAAGGUCAAACAGAUUCCUCACUGGCCUUGCAGACAACUUCAUUGUCCAGAAAGUGGGAGAAGCAACAAGAGGAACAGCCAUUUUAGAUCUGGUCCUAACCAAUGUUGAUGACCUGGUUAGUGGGGUAGAAGUGGAAGGAUCAUUAGGCGCGAGUGAUCAUGCUCUUCUGAAGUUUACUAUACAGCGGAAAGGAGCAGCCAAGCAUACUAGGACUCAAUUUCUUGACUUUAAGAAAGCCGACUUCAUAAAACUUAGGGAAGUGCUGGGUGAGAUCCCAUGGACAGUAAUACUAAAAGGAAAGGGAGUUCAUGAUGGCUGGGAGUUUGUUAAGAGGGAGAUACUAAAAGCACAACGUCAGGCAAUACCAAUGAGACGGAAACAUGGAAGGUGCCCAAAGAAGCCAGGGUGGCUAUCUAAAGAACUUUUAACUGAGUUAAGACUGCAAAAGGAUGUGUACAACCAAUGGCAAAGGGGGGAACCCUCCAAAGAGGAAUUCAAACAAAUAGCCAGCACGUGUAGACACAAAGUCAGAAAAGCUAAAGCACAGAAUGAACUCAGGCUUGCUAGAGAGGUUAAAAGCAACAAAAAGGCUUUUAUGGGUAUGUUCGUAGCAAAAGGAAGAACAAAGAAACAGUGGGGUCACUCAGAGGAGAAGAUGGUGAAAUGCAAACAGGGGACACAGAAAGGGCUGAACUCCUCAAUGCCUUCUUUGCCUCAGUCUUCUCCGAUAAAGAAAACAAUGCCCGACCUGAAGAAUUUGGAGCAAAUGAUUCAGCAGAGGAAACACAGCCCAGAAUAACUAAGGAGAUAGUACAAGAAUACUUUGCUAGUUUAGAUGUAUUCAAGUCUCCAGGGCCAGAUGAACUGCAUCCAAGAGUAUUAAAAGAACUGGCAGAUGUGAUCACAGAACCACUGGCAGUCAUCUUUGAGAAUUCCUGGAGAACAGGCGAAGUCCCGGCAGACUGGAGGAGGGCAAAUGUUGUCCCUAUUUUCAAAAAGGGGAAAAGAGAGGACCCAAAUAAUUACCGCCCAGUCAGUCUGACAUCAAUACCAGGGAAGAUUCUGGAGCAGAUCAUUAAGCAAACAGUCUGUGAGCACCUAGAAAGGAAUGCUGUGAUCACCAAUAGUCAGCAUGGAUUUCUGAAAAAUAAGUCAUGUCAGACUAACCUGAUCUCAUUUUUUGACAGAAUUACAAGCCUGGUAGAUGAAGGGAACGCAGUGGAUGUAGCCUACCUUGAUUUCAGCAAGGCAUUUGACAAGGUGCCCCAUGAUAUUCUUGUAAAGAAGCUGGUAAAAUGCGGUCUUGACUAUGCUACCACUCAGUGGAUUUGUAACUGGCUGACUGACCGAACCCAAAGGGUGCUCAUCAAUGGUUCCUCUUCAUCCUGGAGAAGAGUGACUAGUGGGGUGCCACAGGGUUCUGUCUUGGGCCCGGUCUUAUUCAACAUCUUUAUCAAGGACUUGGAUGAUGGACUCAAGGGCAUCCUGAUCAAAUUUGCAGAUGACACCAAACUGGGAGGGGUGGCUAACACCCCAGAGGACAGGAUCACACUUCAAAACGACCUUGACAGAUUAGAGAACUGGGCCAAAACAAACAAGAUGAAUUUUAACAGGGAGAAAUGUAAAGUAUUGCACUUGGGCAAAAAAAAUGAGAGGCACAAAUACAAGAUGGGUGACACCUGGCUUGAGAGCAGUACCUGUGAAAAGGAUCUAGGAGUCUUGGUUGACCACAAACUUGACAUGAGCCAACAGUGUGACGCGGCAGCUAAAAAAGCCAAUGCAAUUCUGGGCUGCAUCAAUAGGAGUAUAGUAUCUAGAUCAAGGGAAGUAAUAGUGCCACUGUAUUCUGCUCUGGUCAGACCUCACCUGGAGCACUGUGUCCAGUUCUGGGCACCACAGUUCAAGAAGGACACUGACAAACUGGAACGUGUCCAGAGGAGGGCAACCAAAAUGGUCAAAGGCCUGGAAACGAUGCCUUAUGAGGAACGGCUAAGAGAGCUGGGCAUGUUUAGCCUGGAGAAGAGGAGGUUAAGGGGUGAUAUGAUAGCCAUGUUCAAAUAUAUAAAAGGAUGUCACAUAGAGGAGGGAGAAAGGUUGUUUUCUGCUGCUCCAGAGAAGCGGACACGGAGCAAUGAAUCCAAACUACAAGAAAGAAGAUUCCACCUAAACAUUAGGAAGAACUUCCUGACAGUAAGAGCUGUUUGACAGUGGAAUUUGCUGCCAAGGAGUGUGGUGGAGUCUCCUUCUUUGGAGGUCUUUAAGCAGAGGCUUGACAACCAUAUGUCAGGAGUGCUCUGAUGGUGUUUCCUGCUUGGCAGGGGGUUGGACUCGAUGGCCCUUGUGGUCUCUUCCAACUCUAUGAUUCUAUGAUUUGUAUCACAAGUAUCUGGAGCUACAUCUCUCAAAUCAAUUUCCUGUAAGACAAGUAAACAUGAUAUGGUUCAGCAGCGGGUCCCCCCCCCUCCACCUAUUUGUGGUUUCUCUUGGUGAUGUAGGAGUGUACAGAACCUCCGUGAAGGCAAUAGAGGACUCCAAAUAGACUUAGAGUUUAAUAAGCCUGUACUGCUAUAACCUCAAAACAAAUUUUAUUUCCUUUUAUGUCCAGGUGGUAUUCUCGUUGCAUGCUGCAAAAUUCAGGAUCAAACAUUGCAGAUUGUUUAAAGGUCUGCAUGAAAGGUAGGGGUGCUGCUGUAUAAAUUAGUGAAAUAUACUUAAUGGUUGAACAUUUAUUUCUUGAGGUGGGGGAGUAGAUGAUCCUUCAUGUAUCUGGGUCCCAAGCUAAAAGUAAACAGCAGCAGCACCUUGAACUGGGUUCAGAAACUGACUGGAAGGCACUGUACUUGUACAUCAAGCCCAUACAAUUUGUGUGGUCUGCCAAAUUAUGCACAGUCCUUGGGCUGUACAUGAAGGCCUGUAACAGUAGGCUGAACCCUGCUCCAGCACCAACCCUGCAAGGUUGCCUAAUAGCUCCAGGGAGUCCUGUCCUAUUCUUCUGUCUCUCUGCUGCCACGACCCUCUUAGGAGUCACCUAUGGCAAGGGGCACAGGAUUCCCACUGCCUAACAGUGGCCUUCUCAGGAGUAGGGAAAUAGCCAGCUGGAUUCUAAGUCUCCUGCUUGGCAACUUCAGCCUGGCUCUCCUCCUGUUUCAGCAGUUUAUUCAAAUUGAGGGAAUGAAAGAGCAAGUAUGCAGAUCAAAAUAAAACAUCAUACCAGGAUAUUGGUCUCACUGUUUCUAUGGUAGGCCAAUCACUACAAAACUUAUUCUCAGUGGUCAUCUUUGGUGUUGAUUGUAUCAGGCAUCAGUUGCAGGGACAAAAACUGCAUCACAACACUAAUAUUUUAAAGAGUGCCUGACUCAAGUGGGUCUUGACUGACAGGUGGCUCUAUCCAGCCAACCAUAAGUCAUGCCACAUCACAAGAGAUUAGGGCCCUUUGCUAUGUGGCCUACCAGAUACUUUAUUAGGCAGCAAAAAUAGGGUUUGGAGGUUCUGCUAGGUUGCUGUGACUAUUUGGGGAAGGACUAUGGAUGACUCCUAGUAAACAGAACAUACUUCACAUGCAAAGGUCAUAGGUUCAGUUGCCAGCAUCUUCAGGCAGGGCUGGGAGAGAUCCCCCACCUUUAAAGCCUGGAAAGUCGCUGCCAAUCAGCACAUACAAUAUUGAGCUGGAUAUAAAAUGAUCUGACUGUAUAAGGCAGCUUCCUAUGGUAUACUGUGUUUAUCAUGGUAGCUUACAAGACUUUCCUGCAUUUUAUUUAUUUUGUUCCCACUGUUGCAUACUGUCAAAUAGGAUUUUUAAAUACUACAUCAGUCUGCAAAAUGUGUUUACCAGAGGAGAUAAUGGGAUUAUUGUACAUAUCAGGAAUGGUGGAAUAUGUGACCCUUGAAAUAAUGCUGAACUCCAUCUCCCAUCUGCCUUGGUCAUGAUGAAUAGUUAGGGAUGAUCGGCUAAGGAUGAUGGAGAGUCACAAGUAUCAUUUGUAUACACCAGGGGUCAGCAACCUUUUUCAGCCGUGGGCCAGUCCACUGUCCCUCAGACCAUGUGGUGGGCCGGACUAUAUUUUGAAAAAAAAUGAACGAAUUCCUGUGCCCCACAAAUAACCCAGAGGUGCAUUUUAAAUAAAAGCACACAUUCUACUCAUGUAAAAACACACUGAUUCCCGGACCGUCUGCAGGCCGGAUUUAGAAGGCGAUUGGGCCGCAUCCGGCCCCCAGGCCUUAGGUUGCCUACCCCUGGUAUACACCAUGCAAUAGGCAGGUAUCUGUUGCAGCCUUUCCUGAGCAGGUGCUCACCAGAAGCUUUGGACUACAACUUCUAUCAGCCCCAGGCAGCACAGCUGAUGGAAGUUGUAGUCCAUAACAUUGGGAGGGUAUCGGACUGGAGAAGGCUGAUCUGUUGCCCAUCUCUAGUGCCAUUCAUUCUUGAGCAAGUAACACCAGCCUUUUAAAACAACAACUAAAAGCCUUUGUGCCUAAAGAUAAAAGUUCAUUCAUUUUUGUUUCAUCUGUAGUGUCAAUGUGAAGGGAAGCUUACAUAUGAUCAGCUUGUUCCCACAUGGGAUCAGUUAUGUAACUCCAUUCUUUAUUUCCUCCUUGUGGUUCUGUAGAUGCUUUAAGUAAUUGGCAGACAUGUAAUGGGCAGCUGCCUGCACGCAUAAUAGUGUACCGUGACGGCGUUGGAGAUGGGCAGCUGAAGAUGGUGGUAGACUUUGAAGUCCCACAGAUACUAAGUGCCCUCGAUGAGUCCAGUGGUGGCUGCAGGUAAACUGAUCCUGUCCUGCCUUUUGUCUUUACCAGGCAGGUAGUUUGAAACAAUCAUGGUUGCUGGAAGCAAGACUUGUUCUUUAUCAGCAUCUCUCAUUUAGCAGUGGUGGCAAAGAACGCAUGGUUAGCCCUGCAUCACUGAUUCACCUUCUAAAAUGUCUUUCUUUUUACAUCAGAAGAGCCAAACUAUCGCUGAUUGUGGUCAGGAAGAAAUGCCUUCAGCGUUUCUUCAUCGAGACCAACAGAAGCCUGCAAAACCCUCCUGUUGGGACAAUUAUUGACACAGAGGCUACUCGACCUGAAUGGCAAGUAUAGAUAUUGGCACAACUACGAAAGCGAGGUGAUUGGCUAAGUAAGAUGAGCUUAUUAAGCAGUUUCUAUCAGCUCCAAACCAGGAAGGCUCCCUCUCUUGAAUACUUCUGCCCUAUUUCUUUGCUUGGUUGUUCAAAGUAAUAGCUAUUCCAGAAUGUUCUAACAGACUGGACAAUUGGAUAACCAGAUGCUGCGUUGAAUGGGAAUUCUUUUUACAUGAUGUUACGAAGGUUCAUGUUCAAUGAAUCUGAAGGACUCCAAGCAGCAGGAUCUGUCACAGGUCCCUUCAACCAGCAAUGUGGGCAGAGGGUAGGUUGAGUAAACAGUCACUCUCUGAGUCUUGUGCCUCAAUGCCUUGUGGAAGCAUGCCAAGUCAGUUAGUUGCCCAAUUUCUUCUUUAAAAUUUCACCUUCUAACUACAGGCGGUGACCAUUUCGUGCAGGAGUUCUGUUUCUGGCCCCCAUGCACCUCUCUGGAGUGUGUAUAAGCCUGCCCCGUUCCACUCCGUUCUGCCCUCCCCCCAUUCUGCCUUGUUCCGGGUCCAAAAGGACCCGUUCAUUUGCAUGUCCAUUGGAUGUGCCUAAAAUGGUCACCACCCGUAGUCUUGGUUUAAUAAAGAAGAGCACAGGUCUCCAUAUCAGUGAUGCCCCAAAACAGUAUCUUUUCUGGUCCCCAAUCUUUUUGGCUUUCACCACAAGAUCAUACCUUUAUAUUCUGCAUUAAUGCAGUAUCACAUUCUGGACCAGGGGUAGACAAUGUAGUGCCCUUCAGAUGGACAAAUCACACCAGCCAUCACCUUUAGUCACGCUGAUAGGAGUUAAAGUCCAGCAGUAUCUGGAAGGUACCACAUUGGCUACCCCGACCCAGACCCAUACUUGCAGUCACUAGUAGAUAUUGAAACUCCCGAAUCAUGUGCUGUGCAAGUAUUUUAUCUUUUUAUGGAUAUAGCAAGAUAGCUUAUAAUUGAGAGCCAAUAUGAUACUACAGUGGUUAGAGUGAUGGACUUUGACUGGGGAGACCUGGACUCAAAUCCCAAUUCUCUGGGUCUCCUUAGGCCAGUCACUCAAGGCCUAACCUAACUCUCAGGAUUGUUGCAGAGAUAUUGGUGAGAUGGUUGUGGUAACCAGUAGCCAUUUACAACUGCAUGUGUGGAACAAAUAAAAUGUUAGCAGACCUAAUUUAGACAGGAAGCUUAAUGGUGCUCCCUAUGGUCGUCCCAUUGAUUAGUUAUGGGCACAGGCUGCCACCUCGCUUGAAGACUAACUUUGGUGAAAGGUGUAGCUCUGCACCCACCCUCCUGCAUGUGCAGAACUGCCUCUCCAUUAAAACAAAUGCACAGGAGCUUGGCAGUACUCAGGGCAGAACAUGCAAAGUUUCAGAUUAGGGUAGGUGUGGGAAGCCUGCAGGAAACUCCACAUGUUCUUGGACUUCAGCUCGCAUCAGCUCUGGUCAGCAUGAUCAGUGGUCAGGGAUGAUGGAAAUUGUAACCCAGCAGCAUCCUGAGGGCCACAGGUUCCUCAUUCCUGGAUUAGGGAAAGAAACACCAAAUUGCUGCUAUUAUUAUUGUUGUUGUUGUUAUUAUUAUUAUUAUUAUUAUUAUUAUUAUUAUUUAUUUGGAUGGUCAAAACUGAUAGCCAGUGCAGUAUAACAGUUUUGGUUUUAAACUGAAGAGACCUCAUCUGAAUCCCCACUAAGCUGUGACAUUCACUGGGUGGCCAGUCACUUUCUCUCUGCCUAACCUUCUUCACAGGAUUGCUCUAACGAUUGAAUACUGUAUAGUGGUAGGGCCAGGACGACUAUGUAUGGGUGUGUAAAGUUGGCAGUCAGAUGCCCUUGAAAAAUAAGAUUUCUGCUACUUUAUAUGCGUCCAAAAAGCAUAAGCAAGCCCACUAACUUAGUAUAUGGUGAUUAUUAUUAAUUUGCAUUUAUAUUCCACCCUUCCCAAAGGAGCCCUGGGUAGCAACUAAUAUUCAUAUUAUUCAUAUUAAUAAUUGCUUUUAUCAAUAUACCGGUAGUUUUUAUUAUCAUAAUAGUAGUAGUAGUUAGAACAUAUUACAUAGACUGCUUCCUUCUGCUAAUUCUAAUGUUGCCCAACAGGUACGACUUCUUCUUAAUUAGCCAACUUGCCCGCCAGGGCACUGUCAAUCCCACAUACUACAAUGUGGUUUAUGAUGAGAAUGGAUUCAAGCCAGACCAUAUGCAGCGUUUUACAUAUAAGAUGUGCCAUCUGUACUACAACUGGCCUGUAAGUAACACAGUUGCAUCCAGAUAGUUAAUUGCCUUCCUUUUCCUCCCACAUGAAGUUAGGGAAGGAUUGGCCUCCUUUUCAAGUAGUGCCAGUGCCCUCUUCCUCUUACAUAGGAUCAGCCCUGUCCAACUUGCAGCUAUUGAUGUAAAAAAUGUAGUCUACCUGUUUUUGUUGCCCCCGGAAUUGAGAGAACAAGCAAAUUAUCAGGCACCUGGCAGUUGCAUACGCAACUGGUCAGCUGAGUCACAAAUUGUUCAGCAUUGUGCUCUGUACAUUGGUGCAAACUUCCUUUUGUCCAGUGUACUGGGUAGUUGUUACAAAAUACCAACUUUCAGCUGGUGAGUGAGGAAGAUCCGCAAGUGAGCUAUUGUUUUCUUCUUAUUUUUAAGAGAAGCAAUAGACAGAACUAUGCAGAUAAGAGAAAAACACUUGCAAAGUUUAUGUCUCUUUAGGGCUGGGCCAAAAUGAUUCCCUCUGCACACAAAAAAAUUCGCAGCCCAGCUUUAAUGAUUGGUGGCCACCAUCUUCUCUCUCAGUACCCUGUUUGGGGUUGAGGAUGAAUAUUAGCUGCCACAGAAUAUGGCAUUUAGGCAACAGUACCUGUCCAUAAUCCAGUUGAGCCUUGUUGCCAUCUCAAAUCUAGUACCCAUCCAACUGUGGGAAAUUCAGGUAGCACACAGUAAACUGUUUCGUGCAAGCAGUAGUUGAAGCUGUAUGAGUUUUCCUUUUAAUGGAAGGGUGGGGGGUUCACAUGGUUGAAUGCACUGCUUUUCCAUACAUAAAUAAAAAUGAGCAAAAAAUGUGUAUAAUUGUGUUAAAGGAGAAAACAAACUCCAACAAACUAAUAUUUGGAUAGGCUGCAUUUUGAUUGUACAAACCUAUUUCUCGGUUAAAUGUCAUGUACGCAUUUUUUUAUGUUGGAUACUGCUGGCUGAAGAAUUCACAGAGUCUUGUUUCAUCUGUUUUGAAGACACUGGAAGCAGCUAGCCAGUUUCAGCAGAAGGUGAUGGAGCAAGACCUCUGAUAUACUCUUCCCAUUUGCUUUCUAGGGCCUAAUAAGAGUUCCAGCGCCAUGCCAGUAUGCCAGCAAGCUGACUUUCUUGGUGGGCCAGAGCAUCCACAGAGAGCCAAACCUGGCACUCGCUGACAAACUUUUCUAUCUGUGA